GAUGACUGCAGCUCUGGGGUUUUGAAACGGGCGAAGACUGAAAGUGGGAGGGUUUCUGAUGGAGGCGGGGCCCAGUCCUUGCUGCUGCAGCCGCCUUCCUAUUGAGUCAGAGGCGCGUUGCGAGCUGAAAGCGAUUGUAACAAACAGAAGCCCGAAGAGCGAGCUAGGCGGGCGUUCUGAUUAGCGCGCUGGGACAAAGUAAAAGAAUCUCGGGAGGCUGAACGUUCCAAAGAAAGUUACAUUCCAGGGUCGGAGCAGCAGCAACAAGCGGCCGCCCGGGGGGCACUUUCUCACGGAGGCGGUGGGUCUUCCCAGCCCUUGUUGAGCGAGGGCGAAGAGGAGGAGGCGAAGGACAAGGGGGGGUUUCAAACUGGGGGCCGAGAAAAUGAAUCGGAGCUUUAAUAAAUCUCAGAGUCUGCGGUAUUUUGGCUACAGCGCGGUGGAAGUGAAAAGUAAGGUAAGGACAGAAGGAAUAGCUACUUGCAGCCCGGAUUAACCUUCCUUCCCCCCCCCCCGCCUUCCAGUACCUUUCCCCCACCUCCUCUAACUUCUUUUUAAAAUGAAUGGAGACCCCCAUCUCCUUGCAUCCUCCCGCCCCCUCCCCUUAUGAUGCUUUGUCUGAAAAAAACGAGAUUGCUCUAGUUUUCCACCGGAGGGAAGAAACUUACUCCGGCAGCAACUUCUUUUUUCCCUUUUAAACGUGUCUGCGUCAAUUUAUGAAAGAAUAUAAGGGAAUAUUCUGCCCGCCAGCCCCCCCCCCCUUGACUUGCUAUGAAACACAUGUUUUGCCUUCUCUCUCCACCAUAGGGGACGUAUCCCAUAGCAACUUGUCCCGAGAUCUCUAGGGCGCUUGUCGUGAGGGGUGGGUUUACGUCUCCGCCUGGACAUUUUCCACAGAUUUUGUUUUUGUUUCAAUGUGGCUUUGGGGGCGCCUGGAUAUUUAAUCUCUGGCUUCAUCGGCUUGCUGGGAUCAGGCGGCGAUCGCGGCACGUUUCUUGCUAGUGGGCCGUUCACAACAAAAGGGCUUUCCAACUAGGGCGGCGGGAGGUGGGGUGGGGGGAGCUCGGGUGGAAAGAGAAGCAGGUUAGGCUCGCUCCGAUCUGGAUUAGUGAACCUCAAAAGAGGAGGGCCGAUUGGAGGGGGGAUGCUGUUGCCGCAAAGCCCUCCCUCCCCCACGCGCUCGCGGUCGAGUUAAACUUGAUCGCCACUCGCGUGGGAGUGAGUGAGUCCAGUCCCUGCAAAACGCUCGGCUGCCUCUGCUUAACGUUUCCCAUUGUUCCUCCUUAUGGAAGUACUUCGAAACCUUUGUGUUUUGGUUUGAAAAUAUUGCCGUGGACGCGGGAAGGGACGGCUGGACUGCAGACACAGGGGGGUGGAAAGAGAGCAUUAUUUCUCUCCCCUGAAUGCAACCCUCUGGACUUCUCCUCAAGAAACGCCAGGCAGCCUGCUGCUAAAUCCCAUACUGGCCCUCUUGAAUCUGCUCCUGGCCCUGUCGCUGCCUUGCAGGUCUUGAGCUCUGCGAACUCGCUCUCUUUCAUUCGUGUUUAAACUUGUUUGGAGAGUAGUAGACUCCCUUUCUCCCUCUCCCUUUUCCCGGUGCCACCUGAUCUCUCAGCUCUUCCUUCGUCGCGGGGGGGGGGGGGGGAAGUGCUUGCGCAUUACCAAACGUAGUUUUCAUGUUUUUGGUGUUUCCCGCUGAAAGGACACAACUCUGACUUUAAGUGCAGUCGCAUCUAUUUGCACUACUACACCCUCUCAAUCUGUCCGCCCCACCCCACCCUUGCUGUCUUUUGGAAGAGGCCUUUAAGUAAAGCCUGCCUUUCUUGCCCUAGGACGAAGGUGUAAGCUUGUAAUGAGGGAUAAAUUACAGGCAUCUGAAGUCUAUGCUUGGAAUUCUGCUUCAUAGUUCCAAGAGCUUCCGGUUUUCAGAUAAAUCAACCAAGGGAUGGGAGGGGACCAUAACAUAAGAAGAGGCUUGUUGAAUCUUCCCAAAGGUCCAUCUAGCCCUCAGAUGAUGUUUGCCUACCCUGCACCAACCGUUAGCCCCCAUCAACAUGGCCAAUGAUGAGCGAUGAUGGAAGAUGUCAUCAAACAACAUUUGGAGGACCACAGGUUGCCUGUCCCUGAUCAGUUCCAUAAACCAGCCAAUCAGGUGUUAGCGGUGAAGGCAACAACUUUUGCCCCAUUUUAUGCUCUUCGCCUUUGGUGUUCAGAGGCAUAUUGCCUCCCAACAUGGAUGUUGAAUUUAGCUGUCAUUGUCAGUACAGUGGUACCUCGGGUUAAGUACUUAAUUUGUACUUAACCUGAAACUGUUCUUAACCUGAAGCACCACUUUAGCUAAUGGGGCCUCCUACUGCCGCCAUGCCGCCAGAGGACAAUUUCUGUUCUCAUCCUGAAGGAAAGUUCUUAACCCGAGGUACUAUUUCUGGGUUAGUGGAGUCUGUAACCUGAAGCGUAUGUAACGAGGUACCAUUGUACCCAUUGAUGGAGAUACCUGUCAUGAAUUGUCAUUUUAGAAGCUAUCUAAUAUAGUGGCCAUCGCCACAUCCUGUGGCAGUGAAUUCUGUAAGUUAACUAGGCGUGUGAAAUAGCACUUCCUGUUUUAAUGUGUACAGAUAGAUGAUUUUGGCCAGGGACUCAAAGUUCUAGUAGUAUUGGGGGGGGAGUAAGAAUGCAUUUUGGCUAUCUUCUUCUUACUAAUCAUAAUUUUUUUAAUUCCUGUUAUUUCUCCCCCCCCCCCUUGGACUAAUAAGAGCACUUUAGUCUUUCAUCAUAGCGAAGGUACUUGAACCCUUUGAGCAUAGUGAAGACUUGCCCUUUUGUGUGCUUGCAUGGCAUGCCUGCUAUGACAAGUUUGCUAGAGGUGCCAUAUUUCAAAAAGUGAAAAUCUGGAUACAAAAGUUGUUGAACAUUUUUUUGAAAAGUUGCUGUGUUUUUUGCAGGGGGGUUGUGGCAAAGUUUGAGUUUUUGAGCUUUUUUUUAUGCAAAUUGUCAAACUCUACACUACUGACAUGGGCUGCCAUAUGUCUGGACUUUCCUGGACAUUGCAGUGAUUUCUGCCCAGACGCUUUCAGGGGGCUGAAUACCAGCUAUGUCUGGAAAAUUCUGGACGUAUGGCAACCCUAACUUAGCAUCAUUACAUCCCAAAGCCCCUGUUCAGGCAGGGGAGGCAGCUAUCCUUGAAACAACAUGAGACCAGAUUUGCCCUCUGCUUUUGUCAGGAGUUGUGCCAUUCCAGGCAGCUUAUCUAUGACAAAUGUAUGUGUGGUUGUGAGACGUAUGUUAAUGAAAUACACAAGCCAGGUGGAGUAGCCAUGGCCCUCUCUAGGUGUUGCCAGACUCCAGCUCCCAUCACCCCCAGGCAUUGUGGCCAGUAAUCGGGGAAGGAUGAUAGGAAUUGUAGCCCACCAACAUCUGGAAGGCCUUCUCUUUCCCAAAUCACUCUAGCCUCACCUUAUCUGUAUUCCUACAGCUACCUUACUUUCCCGCCCACUUUUCUUUCUUUAUUUCUCAUUCUUUAUUUUAUUUAUUUAUUUAUUCUUGGCUUUGCCUUCCAAACUUGCCUUGCGUGUGUAAGAUCCACAGCAAUACCUCUGGGUGGGGGUUGCAUCGCCUCUGUGUUCUCAGCAGCUCAUAGCAAAAUGUUUAAAUCAAUGUUAGAUGGUGGCAAGAGUCCUUCUGUGGACAAUGCAUGCUGAAAUUAGAAAGAGCUGGAUUUUAGUUCCUGUUCUGCCUCUGACUGAGCAAACUCCUCACUGUUUUGCCCACUUUAUUUGGUCAUUUAAGGGGGGUGCACUAAGAUAUGUCUAUGUUUGUUGGGCUCUUUCACACCCAUCAGUGUUGGCCAACAAGGCCAGUGGACAGGCAUGAUGGGCGUUGUAACCCAACAACCUCUGGUCAACCACAGGUUCCCCAUCCCUGUUGUGAAACCAACAGAGGUCUCUGGGUAUUGUAUCUUUCUAUGUUAGGGAUGAGUUGCUUUUCUUUGUUUCAAAAUUAUGGGUGCUUGACUUUACUUUGGGUGAAAUAUAGGGAACUGGGGAGGUUGCCUUGCACCCAGCCAGACCAUUGGUCCAUCUGACAGAGGUACUUCCGUUCCAUUCUUGGAGAUGCUGGGGAUUUGAACCUGGGACCGUCUGCAUACAGAGCAGAUGUUCUGCAACCGAGUUGCAUGAAAUAGCCAGCUAGCUGCCUUCCCCCUUCAUAUUCCAAUAAAGCUUGUAUUUCUCUCAAUGGUCUUAGUAUUGUACAUUUAGAACACAGAGUUCUGAAACUUCAUUGCAGUGCAAGCUCUGAUAAUAGGCACUAGAAAGGCCAUGCUGUCAGAAGUGUGAGCUGUACUUAGCAUCCUUUGAAUGAACUGUUCUGAAGGAAUGAAUUGGUUGUGUAUAUGUAAAUACUAGUCCUUAAUCCCUGUCAGCCAGACUAGUUUGCUGGGAUUCAUACAGACAAUCUGAUAUACAGUACACAUAAAGUAUAUCUAUAGGUAACAGACUCUUUUGGCUGCUUUGUGUUGCUGCCUAUUAAACCGGAAGUGUUUCAUAAUGAUAUAGUAACAUUUUUAGUGAUACAGUGGUACCUCGGGUUACAUACGCUUCAGGUUGCGUACGCUUCAGGUUACAGACUCUGCUAAGCCAGAAAUAGUACCUCGGGUUAAGAACUUUGCUUCAGGAUGAGAACAGAAAUCGUGCUCUGGCGGCACGGCGGCAGCAAGAGGCCCCAUUAGCUGAAGUGGUGCUUCAGGUUAAGAACAGUUUCAGGUUAAGAACGGACCUCCGGAUUAAAUUAAGUACGUAACCCGAGGUACCACUGUACAGUAUAGACCCUCAAGGGAGCGGGUAGCGCUGUGGUGUAAACCACUGAGCCUUGGGCUUGCUGAUCGGAAGAUCGGCGGUUCGAAUCCUCGCAACAGGGUGAGCUCCUGUUGUUUGGUCCCAGCUCCUGCCAACCUAGCAGUUUGAAAGCACGUCAAAGUGCAAGUAGAUAAAUAGGUACCGCUCCGGCAGAAAGGUAAAUGGCGUUUCCGUGCGCUGCUCUGGUUUCGCCAGAAGUGGCUUAGUCAUGCCGGCCACAUGACCUGGAAAAACUGUGGACAAACAUUGGCUCCCUCGGCCUGUAAAGCUAGAUGAGCAUCACAACACCCCAGAGUCGUUUGUGACUGGACUUAACUGUCAGGGGUCCUUUACCUUUACCUUAUAGACCCUCAAAGGCAAGGUUUGACAGUUGCAACACUGAUGGUGUACCAUUCAUGUUAACUCCUUUUCAAGAGUAUUUGUUUGACCAAGUACCUGGAGUAGUUAUUAACCAGCAGCAUACCUCCUGUGAUAUGUGAGAAUAUUUGUUUUCCAGUCAUACUCAGAAGUACAUACAGGUUACUAGAUGUAAGAGAGCAGCACACUCUACACAAUCAGUUACUACUGGUGGUAUUCUGUCACUUAACAUUGAUUCCUAGGACCGUUAUUGCUACCAUCAAUUACCCUCAAGUUGUAUAUUAGAGUAGCAAUCAUAAUAUAUUGAGUGCCUUGGUGGUGGAAUGCUUUCCCAUUAGACAUGACUACAGGACUAAUGAAGAGAGAAUGCUACGGAUGUUUGUUUUUUAAAACCAUCUAUGGCAUGAGGUUGUGACAUAGGCUCUGUGAGAUUUACCUGGAAGGCAGGGCAGAGGUUGUUAGACAGCUAAGGAAAAAUGUUGUUUUGACCAAGAGUAACAUACUUUUGGAUGAUUAACUCCACACAACUACAUUUCUAGAAAAUUGAUUGAUUGUGACGAUUAGCAUCCAUGUUCUCAGGUCUUGCUCCAGGCAGAGGUAAUGUUCCUUACUAGAGUCUUGAGAAAUAUUUAAGUAAAGAGGCUGCCGGACAUAAUAAACAAAGUAUCUCCAAAGUGUGUGCCUCCUCUACUUUGAUAUGAGAAGGUACUUCAACAUGUAGACACUUUCAUUGACCACGAUCCUUCUGGUAGUGAUGCUUAGCCUUUACUCCAGGCAGUGUUAGAAACUCAGAUAUAUAAGCUAGGCACCAAAUGGCUCCUUAAACCAAGGUUUACAGUCACCUAAAUGGAAUGUCUAGUUGCCAUUUUGGGGCAAGGUGGCGCAGAGGUUGUUAUUUUUCAAACGAUGGAUCGACUGUGAUGAAUUCUCAGUUAAACAUCUAGCUACUUCAGAUGACAACCUUGAGCUAGGUGAAGAAUGUUGGGAACUUAAAGAAGAAAAGCCACUUGAUCCAGGGACAGUCCACAUAUAUAUUAGCCUAGUCCUACCUCUUUUUCCUAAUGGUGAUUCCUGCUCCUGCUCAAGCUGCACAGAAAAAGCAAUUUGGUUCCAGAAAUUCAUUAUGAUUGUGCAUGUAAAAUAUAACUGAUAGAAUUCUACAGAAUGGGCUAUUAGUGUGUGAAAACGAUCUAGAUCCAAUGAUCCCCAGAUGGUGGAGGUGUCAGGUGGCAUCCUGGCUCCCAGCCAUCUUCACUUGGUUGCAAGUGGUCGAAAGCCAGAUGCAAAAUGCGCCUGGCGCCUGGCUAAUUUCAAACACAGACUCCAGGACCGUUAAUGUCGACCAGAGAUGGGGAACCUAUGGCCCUCCAGAUGUUGUUGGAUUCCCAACUCCCAUUGCCCCCAGCCAGCAUGGUCAGGGAUGAUGGGAGUUACAAGCCUCCAGAUGUUGUUGAUCCACACAGCCUGCUACAGAAAAGUUGUGUUUAGGCUUCUUUGUACUGAAUUGCUGUAUGUCUUGAUGACCUGCAGUUGAAUGUCUGAAAUGAUUCUCUUGAAUCAAAAGUAACCGCAUUUGUGGUGAUGUGAUGAGAUGUAUCAGCACAGGGCCCAUACGCACAUGCAAGUCAUCAAGUGACAAAUAUACAGUGCUUAAGUUUGUGCCUCUGAAAUCCUUAAUUGCAAAAACUGCUGUCCAGUAAAGAAGAAAAUGGCUUCUUCAGCUCAGGAGGCAUGUUAUCAUUAAAGUACAUAUGGUUUUAAUCCACAUAGUUGUGUGUUGGUGGUGUUUAAUUCACUGGUUUGGAGUGGCAUGUGAAACUUAAAUAUAGUGCUUAUAUUUAAAAAAUGUCAAGGUGGAUAUUCAGCAGUGAUGAAAAGGCUUUUCACUGCUUGGUGCAGAUGCCUUGAGAGUUGCGGAAAUUUUGAACUUGUCUUUUAAAGUUCAUGUUACUAAUUUUGUCAGGUAUAUAACAGAUGGUCUUCCAUAUGCCAAAUGGCGGAUUAGCACUGAAAUUUACCUUACUUGUGGGAAAACUGUAACAGUUAUUUCUUAUUUAAUUGAGAGACAAAGUCAGCAUUUUUGUAGUAGGUGAUGAGAAAGUCUCACGGUCUCACUUGGACUGGUUGGGUUGCAGCUUUAUUCUGCGCAUACUCGCCUGGGAGUAGGUAGCACUUCCUGCUGAGUAAUCUGACUGUGUCCAGACACGCAUACGACUGGGCUGUUCCAUCUCCAAAACAAAAUGUUAAGUAGAGCAUGGUAGUUCUGUAAAAUACCAAAUAUGAUAACUCUUGUGAGAAGAGGGCACCCCAUCAAGUUUUCUUUCUUCUUGAGGGAGGUGUUCAUGUUCUGGAACAAUAAACCUAUAGUAACUCAAAGGGUUUGUGUUGGAAUCAUUACUCCAGAAUCCUGUUUGGAAGCAGCAUUAAGUAGAUAUGAUUGGCAGAAAUGUGUUUCUUCUAAAGUGCUUGGCCCCACAUGCAUUAAGUGUGUCUGUCUAUCUUUAGGUCUUUAUUCAGCAGUAAGCUGAGUAUACAAGAGUGUUGAACCCUUCGCACCCCCUGAUUUUCCUGGAGAGUGCAGUUGGGGAGGCAAGAGUUAAUCUCCCCAAUCCUGAAUUUAUUGGGGGCACCCCAAGGAAAACCUCUGGGUAUGUGUUGGUGACCUAUGAAGUCAGGUUCCCGUUCUUGUUUUAUAUGUAAAUGGGAUGAACACAUGAAUGGUGUCUCCAUUGCGUCUAGUUUGGCCUUCUAUUUGUAGGGGGAGAUGGUAAGAAUGAAUUUAGAAAGGUUUGUUUAGGGCACUUUGUGACUUAGGGUAGGCACUGAGGGGAAACACUUUGGCUUCAGCUGUAUUGUUUGAAUAUUUGCUUCUUGCUAUUGAAUUUCGACUUGUACACAGCACUUUUUAGCGCUUGGAAAAGCAGCUCAUAAUUUAUGAACAAAUAACAUCCCAUUAGGACUUGGCGAUCCAUCUGUAAGAAUGCGUCGAGCUAGUAAGGUAUCUGUUGCUCUACAUUGCUUCCUGUCUGACUUAGGUGGACAUGGGUGUCUUGCUAAUGAAGUGGGCAGCUGUUUAACCACACAGAACAAGUGUGUCUCAGCUCCGUUUUGCAAAUACCUCCACCUGCAAUUAUUCUUAGCCCAGAUGGCCUGAAAGAGAAAAUAGCCAUCUUACAGGUGGCAUGUACUUCCCUACCUAGUGGCUAUUCUUAUCUGCCAUAGGUGGGUAGCUGUUUGCAAGCAUGAUCUUGACCAACUUGGCUAGACUGCUCUAGAUCAAAUGCAGCUCAAAAUGCCACUUGGGGUGUGCUGUUCUUUCCGGCCGAUGCCUGUGCCGUCAUCCUAAAAAAAAUAAAUGGAUCAACUCAUCUUUUAUGUUGUAAGCACCAAGACUUGUGAAAACCUGUCUGGGAACAAGAAAGUUGAGAAUGCGAACUCGUGUUUUCUUGUUUAUCCUCCAAUGCUUUAGCCUAGAAGAAAUGGGUAUGAGUGGGCGCAGUCCUGCAUCCUGGGCCUCCAGAUGUAAUCAGGAACUUUGUUUAUUUGAAAGGAGAAGAAAUGACAAACCUGGUAGGGGUAGAAUGUUUGUAGCACAAAAAUGUCGUUUCUGUAGCGCACUCCUUGGAGACUAGAUUUGUUGCCACCUCUAUUGUGGCCUCUUGGCAAACAGGAGGCACUUUGGGUCUCCUCCCAACCUUGUUCCAGGUGUAGAUAUUUAUUUCCCUCGGCAUGUAAUGCCUUAAGAGAGAAUAUUAUGAAAAUGGUAUACAGGUGGUACAUGACUCCAGUCAAGCUUGCAAAAAUCUAUCAUUUGCCCGAUAAUAAAUGUUGGAAAUGUAAAGAAACUGAAGGUACAUUCUUUCACCUUUGGUGGACGUGCCCAAGGAUUAAGGCUUUCUGGGAGAUGAUCUAUAAUGAAUUGAAAAAAGUAUUUAAAUAUACCUUCUUGAAGAAACCAGAGGCCUUUCUCCUGGGCAUAGUCGGCCAAUUGGUGCCAAAGAAGGAUAGAACUUUUUUCAUGUAUGCCACAACAGCAGCAAUAAUACUCAUCGCAAAGUAUUGGAAGACACAAGAUCUACCCACUCUGGAAGAAUGGCAGAUGAAGGUGAUUGACUAUAUGGAACUGGCGGAAAUGACUGGCAGAAUCCGGGACCAGGGAGAAGAGUCGGUGGAAGAAGACUGGAAGAAAUUUAAAGACUAUUUACAGAAAUAUUGUAAAAUUAAUGAAUGUUAGAAUGAUGUUGGAUAGAAAUUAAGUGGUUUUUAGCUGCAAUACUAUAAGGGAAUAUGAAAAAUGGAUUACUAACAGGUAAAAAUUUAAUGUUACAAUAUUUUAAGAUUAAUGAUUAGGAUAGACAAAGAGGGGAAGGAUUUGCUGAACCAACAAACUGAACUGGAAUACAAAAAAGGGAGGCGUGAGGAGGUCCGGGAAAUAAGCUAAUGAAAAAUAAGUAAUGGAAAGAUUGAGUUGUUUUUAAUUAUUUUUAUUUUUUGUGUUUUUCUUUUUUCUAUUUUUAUUUUGUAAUAUUUUGAAAAUCUUAAUAAAUAUCUUAUAAAAAAAAAAGAUAUUUAUUUCCCUCACCCCCCUUGUUCCUGAUGUGGAUAUUCACUCGCCCCUUCUUCCCUAGCAGGGUGUGGCAGCACCAUUUUGUGGUUUGCCUCAGCUACCAAAAGGUCUUAGUUCAUCCCUAGCCUGCCUCCAUCUGUUUUCAGAUGGACACACUGCAGGGUAAUGCAAAAUCAAUGAGCUUUUAUUUUCAGAAUGAAGCCAGUUUCUCAGGAAGCACUUCUUGGGAUGCAAAAUAUAGGCGAUAGAUCUAGAUGGUACAUGGACUGUGUAGAAAAAGACAAGUACUUGGUCUCCAUUGGUUCUCGAAUAAGAUGUUGUGUGUAUGCAGCCCGAGUCUUUUUAUCAGGGAACUAUGAAAGGUGUCAAAAUCCAUGUUGGUUUGAAGUGCUUCUUGAUAGAGGUAAUUAAUAGUUCAUAACUGCAAUGCUUGGAGAGAUAUUUCAGUCACUAACUUCUAGAUUCCUAAGUCAUGGGAUGAGCUUUGUGUUCUGGGGUAAGCGACUACAGAUUCUUGCAUUGUCCUCUGCAGAUCUAUUGAGAUUGUAAAGGUAAAGGGACCCCUGACCGUUAGGUCCAGUCAUGACCAACUCUGGGGUUGUGGCGCUCAUCUCGCUUUAUUGGCCGAGGGAGCCGGCGUAUAGCUUCUGGGUCAUGUGGCCAGCAUGACAAAGCCGCUUCUGGCGAACCAGAGCAGCGCACGGAAACACCGUUUACCUUCCCACCAGAGCGGUACCUAUUUAUCUACUUGCACUUUGACAUGCUUUCGAACUGCUAGGUUUGCAGGAGCAGGGACCAAGCAACAGAAGCUCACCCCGUUGCGGGGAUUCGAACCGCUGACCUUCUUAUCGGCAAGCCCUAGGCUCUGUGGUUUAGACCACAGCACAAGAUUUCAAUCAGUUGGGCUGGAAUUUUGGAACUGUGAGUAUGAUGGGGAAACCUGCGGCUCUCCAGCUUUUGUUUUCCAAUGUAUUUCUUAUCAAGUGUGGCAUGAGCACAUUUUUAUUAUGAAACCACUGAUUUAGAUCAACAUUGGAGGCACAAGAGUCUGGGUGUUUCAGUUGCCACAUCAGUAGAAUGUCCUCCUUACUUUACUUCCUGUUCUUAUCACUGUUAACUUUUUGUUGCCUGGUGAAAGUAUAGCUUUUUUUUAAAGGGUCUAGCUUGAGUAUUCUUGACCUCUUGGACUUCUGUGGAAGACAGGCAGGGCACAAAUCUUUUAAAUAUAUAUUUUUUCCUAAAUAGGAAAUCUAAUUCAGCUAGGGCAAUGAAAAGCAUGCACUAUAAGACUGCAUCUUUCCUAGUCCAUAUGGCAGCUCCUAUUUUUUUCCAGCAAGUCGUCUAUCCUGUAUUUGUAUGCCUUCCUGUGAUGAUAAAAGUUUGGGUUGCUUAGUUAUACCUGACUUUGGUUAUCUGUUUCUACUGUGGCUAGAAGACUUGCUUAAAUUCAGCCAAUCAAGAACAGCUUGGGCUUUUACACUAACAAGUUCAAUGAAAGAUUAUUAUCUCGACUUGUUCUUCCACUCUUUUAUUCUGUGGGGCCAGAACAGCGACAGCACCCUGAAAAUCAGGAAGGUCUAGUUCUCUAGCAGUUUUGACUAGUCAUGUCUUCCACUUUUUUUUAGCAUGUACUACAACUCACAAAAAGCUAAAUGUGUGUAGGGUUUUCUUGGGGUGGGUGGGUGUUCAACUCCCAUACCAGCUACUGUUGGAACCAGCGGUUAUUCAUCAUCACUCUGCUAAACUGGUAGCAAAAGUCCUUUUUGAGUGAGAAAUUACAUCUGGCUACAUGUAACUUGUCGAAAAGGGAUCUUCCAUUCCUACAUGUAAGCCAUACAAUGCACUCUUUAAAUUGCUGUUAGAUUUUAAAACCCUGCAGCUGGAGGUGGUUUUGUUUCACAUUAAUUACUCAGACAAAGGGCUCAUCCACACUUUUGCUUUGACCCAUAUUUUGAAUUGUAUUCUGUAUCAAUUAAUUCCCCCGGGGUCUGAGAGCUCUUCUUGUUGUUCCACUGCUGUGCCUUGCCAAACUUACCCGCUGAAUCAGAUUUCAUCAGAUGCAUGGGAAAUCUGGAGAGAUUUUGCAUAACAGAGUUUGAAUUCAGCAGGUAAGCAGUAAUAGCAUUACAUUUUUAACUAUUUCUAUCCACACCCCCACCCACCCCAGUUCCAUAUCUUUUACUAGAAUAUAUUUUAUUGAGAAAGAGAGAUAGAAUAGCAAAAAGAAAAAGAAAAAAGUGCAUAUACCAUUUACAUGCUUCUUAAAAGUGAUCUACCAGAAAAAUAUCUAAGUAGAGUCUUGUUCUAGUUCUUUUUGGAUUUACAAGCAUCAUUCUCUUUUAAGAUAAAAUCAUGUAUUCUGAAAUUUUCAAGAUUCACAAAAUAAUAGAUAUUCCUAAAGGCUCAAUAAGUACAUACAAAUUCAUGUAACCGUAGUCUGAUGGCCUCCUUUAAAAAGGGGGGUGGCUAUUUCUGCAAGAGUUAGUCUGGAGUGGGAAGGGCCUAUUUAACUCUUUGUGUGCCCUUUCCGUUCUCCAUUUUGCUCCCUUCAGGUUUUCAUAUGUGCACAUCCUUGCAUUUGACUGUCUGCAGUGGGAAAAGCUGCUUUGCGGGACUUUGCCACAGUAGGGAAAGCAUUAAGCAUUCUGCUGCUACUUCACACCAUUCUCUCCUCUUUAAAAAGAGCCACCAGUCUCCAGCUGGUGCAUUAUAUUGCAUGUAAUGUACCACCUGGCCCUAAGGAAAACACUUAUCUGUGUCAACCUUGUGAGCUGGGCUUCAGUUAAACUCUUGUUUGGAACGUGGAAUUUGGUUCCAAGGAUGUUGAAACAAUGUGUCUGGUAGGCAUAACCUGUUCAAUGUGAGUUUUUUUUAAAUGCUGAUCCACGCUUCAAGCUCCUAUCACUUGUAGUUUUGGGACAGACGCAUCAAUGAGGUUCCUGUGAGAAGCACAUGGGAUACACACCUGAAUUAAUAUGCUGAACUGUCAUGCUUCUUGAGGCAUUAGAUUUUUGCUAGUAUUUUAGAUAACGUGUUGCAUUAGUUGGACAUUAGUGAAUGCAGGAAGGGAAUUGUGAAAAUGGGCAAGAUUUAAGUAUUGCCUGUAGAAUUUUAAACUGAGAAUACAUGAAUACAGUUCCCCCCACACACACCUCACACCUCUCUUUGUCAUUGUAUCUUUCUGCUGGAAUUAUUGUUUGAAAUGGGCAGAACCAGAGGGUCUCAUAAGAAUUACCUUGUGUUUUUUUACCCAGGUAGGUUUCUAUUUGGAGGAAUCUCCUGCGGCAAAAAAAAUAAAAAAAUCAAAGUCCUUUAAGAAUGCCUUUAGAAUAAUUAAUUUCUAGGUGUACCUGAUAGAAGCUAGUCUUCUGAGGAUAACUACCGUGUGACAGAAUAGCCUCUAAUCACGUUUAGGUGUAAUGGGCUGUUGCCACAUCCCUGCCUGUUUUGCUAGCGCGAUGUUUUCCAUUUGACAAGUUGUUUGCUGAUUUGGGGAUAUGACUGAUGAUCUGAAAUGGGAAGGAGAUAAUGUCUGAAAUUAGGCCAACUCCCAGCGUGCAAGACCUGUCAACCCACAAGCUUUCAUUUUGUUUUUGUAAGGUAUAGAAGGGAAGUAGAAUUCUGAAGGUGCCUGUCCAGCCCCUCUUUUGUUCCACACCAUUCUACUCUUCUAUUUUAUUUUAUUUUAUUUUAUUCUUUAUUUCUUUUUAAAGGGACUACACUUUAUAACCAGGGCCUCUUACCGUGUUGGUGGCAGGGAUGAGCAAAUCAGACUAUUUCUGGUCUACGUCACUUCAGCAUUUGUUAUCCCAUAAGUCAGGCAUGUCCAAAGUCCGUUUCAGGGACCGGUUGAUUUAAUCUGGUUGGCCCUCACACAUGUUCACUUCAUCAAAUCUGACCCUCUUUGAAAAAAGUUUGGGUACCCCUGCCAUAAGUCUUUUCUGUCCCGUUCCUGCAUUCAUUUAAUCUGCAUAUAAUCUUAGUUUUAAGGGUGGCGCUGUGGGUUAGACCACAGAGCCUAGGGCUUGCUGAUCAGAAGGUCGACGGUUCGAAUCCCCGCGAUGGGGUGAGCUCCUGUUGCUCGGUCCCAGCUCCUGCCCACCUAGCAGUUCGGAAGUAUGUCAAAGUGCAAGUAGAUAAAUAGGUACCACUCCAGCGGGAAGGUAAACGGUGUUUCCGUGCACUGCUCUGGUUCACCAGAAGUGGCUUUGUCAUGCUGGCCACAUGACCCGGAAGCUGUACACCGGCUCCCUCGGCCAAUAAAGCGAGAUGAGAACCGCAACCCCACAGUCGGACACGACUGGACCUAAUGGUCAGGGGUCCCGUUACCUUUACCUUUAAUCUUAGUUUUAUCUUUAUGUAUCUAUCUCUUUGAGAGAAUGGUAUUGGAAUAUUUUUGCGAAGUGUGAAAUUCUGUGGGUAACUAAGUUCUGAUUUAUACAUUAGCCCAUGAGGAGCAGAUUAGGUCAGUUCAAACUGGAAUUUGCAGAAACCCAGUUCCUCAAACAUCCCUCUCGGCUUUGCCCCUGGAUUACGCUAUGGUGCCAUUUCGUGCAGCAUAUGAAGCUCUUCCCUGUGGUUGGAAGGUCUUCCGUGCAACAAUGUCUAGAUUAUUCUGGUUUAAACUGUGGAUAUUGUUGGCUCUCUGCAGUAGUUUGGAUUUCUGACACAUGCUGAAAUCAGUUAGCCACUUGGCAGUUCUGUCCUAUGAACAACAAUCACUAGAGUGGAGGAACACUGAGAAUGCUUGUGUCUUGUCUUGCUUGAUAGUGUAUUAUCAUGAAUACGAUAGUAGAGCCUGCUAAUUUAUACCCUAAUUUUUGAACUGUUACCAUGCGGAUGAUACAUUUGUAAGUGUCUCCCGUUACCUAGCCUAUAUGCCUUCUCUGCAGGCAACUUUAGAAAGUGUGUAUACUUUCUUGAACUUCUAGUAAUUUAAACUUCUUCUUUUCUUGAAAAAGUGAAAUAAAAUGCAUUCUCAACUACAAUAGCUUUCAAAUUCAAAUCCCAAAAAAGGUAUUUAGCCUGAGCUACUUAAAACAUUUGGGAGAUAGCCAUUGCCUUUUAAAGUUUGUGUGGAUUAAACAGAUAGCAACAGUUUUGAGCAAUCUUUCCUCCCUCAGUGUUUCAUCCAUGAUGUGCUGCCAGAAAUAGAAAACCUUUGGCUAGCUCAAAAUCAUAGAAUUGUAGAUUUGGAAGGGGCCACAAGGGCCCUAUAGUUGAACCCCCUGCAAUGCAGUCAUUUCACUGGUAACUGAUAGAAAUCCUUUUAAAAACACCAUUGCAUUUUAAAAACAGCAACAAUAAGUUGAUUAUUCAAACCAUAAGGAAUGGGAUCCAGACAUUAAAAAAUAAACCACAUUGUUUAUAUUGCUGCUGUUCAUAAAUGAAGACAUGGUGCCAGAUUUCAGUCAGUCAGUUCUGAAUUUCUUGGGUUUCUGGAUUGUUGUGGAAUUGCCUAAACAAUCAUUGUGUGAGCAAUUUUGGCCUGAGUUUUUAUGUUUCCCUCUGGCAUAAGGAGCAUAUUUUAAACAUGUCCUCUUGCUUAUAAGCCUCAAGUCUUUUAAUAAUGGCAACCGACUAGGAAGUGUUAAUAAGUGAAGGCACUGUAACCAGUGUCAUGGGGAAGACGGUUCUCUCAGAGGUUAAAUGUGUACUGUAUUUGUGUACUGCAUUUGUGUACUGUAGGUCAUGCCUCAUACAUUGGGCUUUACUUGUAGGGCUCUUUCCAGAAAUGUUGGUUACCACUGCUGUAGAAACGAUGAUGAGUUGAUGUGUCGGGAGCAGUGUGGGAUUAUUUCACCUCUCUGUUGUCAGGAGGGUUUUGUCAGACAUCACACCUUGUUUGUGGAAAUCUCUCCUCCAUGUUCAUCAGUUUAGCUAGCGUCCUGCUUCAUUCUCAGUUUGUGUUUCCACAAAUCUUGCUACUCAGUCAUUCUCACUUGAUUUGGCAGCAAGUUUAGAUAGAUCUGUUAACAAAUUCAAAACAAGCGUCUCCCUUGCUCCAGCAUAAAUUUUGCAGUACAAUACAUAACGUUGUAAAAAAUUCUACUGCAGUGCCUUCUAGAUGUACCAAACACUUCUCUGUUGGAAUUCUGAGAUUUUACAGUCUUCUAAUGCUAAAAAGGCAGGCAGCUUCGUGUUGACGCAUGGAAGUCAUUCCCCCCAAUAUGUGUUAUAUAGUUAAAAUCAAGCAAGUAGUGACUGUAGUGAAUCUUGGAUCAGUCCCACUAACUUCUGGCAGGCUUCUCCCACAGUAAUUUUGGUGACUACUAAUGGCACCAGCUCUUUGGGUUUUGUGGGUCCAUGUCAAGCGAGUGCAUUUUAUUCUCAUAAAAAAUGCAGCUCUUCUUUACAUAACUUGAAAUAAUAUUGAAAACAGCUGUGAGAAUAUGGGCUUUAUUGACAUAAACACGCAACUUCAGCACUCAUAUAUGCUGCCAGGGUUCUUGAAGGCAACUCCAGCAGGGAUCUUCAGAACAAAUGAAAUUCAAUUUUCACCUUUCAAAAUCUAUUUUUUUUUAUUAUAAAAAACCCACAAUUGCUUAUAAAAGAUUUGGAAAUGUUCACCUUUUGCUGCAGUUAGAGGAGUAUUCAAAGUACCGUAUUUUUCGCUCUAUUGGAUGCAGUUUUUCCUCUCCAAAAAUUGAGAGGAAAUGUGUGUGCGUCCUAUAGAGCGAAUGCAGGCUUGUGCCAUAGCCGCGCGCAACCCCUCCGGCAGGGAGAGGCUGCACGGGGCUAUGGCUUCUUAGCCCUGCGCAGCGUCUCCCGGCAAGGAGAGGCUGCACGGGGCUAAAGGAAGCCAAAACAGCGAGCGGGAUGGAUCCCGCUCGCUGCCUUGCCUCUUCCAUAGCUGCGCGCAACCCCUCCGCAAGGGGAGGCUGCACGGGGCUAUGGCUUUUAGCCCCACGCAGCCUCUCCCGGCAAGGAGAGGCUGCAUGGGGCUAAAGGGAAGGCAAACAGCGAGCAGGAUCCAGCCCGCUCGCUGCCUUGCCUUCUUCCAUAGCUGCGCGCACCCCCUCCGCAAGGAGAGGCUGCACGGGGCUAUAGCUUCUAGCCCCAUGCAGCCUCUCCUUGCCGGGAGAGGCUGCGUGGGGCUAAAGGGGAAGGCAAAACAGCGAGCGGGAUCCAUCCCGCUUGCUGCCUUGCCUUCUUCCAUAGCUGCGCGCAACCCCUCCGCAAGGAGAGGCUGCACGGGGCUAUGGCUUCUUUAGCCCCACGCAACCCCUCCGCAAGGAGAGGCUGCACGGGGCUAUGGCUUCUUUAGCCCCACGCAGCCUCUCCCGGCAAAGAGAGGCUGCAUGGGGCUAAAGGGGAAGGCAAAACAGCGAGCGGGAUCCAUCCCGCUUGCUGCCUUGCCUUCUUCCAUAGCUGCGCGCAACCCCUCUGGCAGGGAGAGGUUGUGUGCAGCCUGUACGCUGCUCUUUGGGGCUGGGGGGGGGAAAUAUUUUUUUCCUUGAUUUCCCCCCCUAAAAACUGGGUGCGCCCUAUGGUCCGGUGCGCCCUAUGGUGCGAAAAAUACGGUACCUUGUUUCUGAAAACCAGUUGCUAAGAAAAUUGUAGCUUCUAACUUGCCCUCGCUCCUGACCAUUGCACAACCAUUUGUGGUACAUAGCAUGAGCUCCAGAAAUAACUCGGUAGUUUAGUAUAAUUGGCAUUUCACUGUUCCUCUUGGCAGGCCAUGUCAUAAUUUCUGAGGAGUCAUCGUAAACCACCUUCUCUUCAUGAUGACAAAAGUAUAUCAUCUGCCAGAGUAAAUAUGGGUGCUUCAUUACAACAUGUGUGCUGCUAGAAAAUGUUCUGCGUGUUGUAUUUUUGAGUGUGCCACUAAUAUAAUAGGAAUAGGUCCAUCAAAUAUCUGUGUUGCGCACACACUAACUGGAAAAAAAUUUCUAGGAAGCUGGACUAUCUCCCCUGUGCUUUCAGAUACCUAAGAGCCCCGUUGAAGCAGAUCGACGGCUCUUUUAAUAGAGCCUCCUAUUUCUCACCAUGGUCAACUAGAUAUCUCUAGUAAACCCAUUGCUGGAUCCAUGAAGAGCUUGUGUUUCACAGUUUAAACCAUAAAUCUAUUUUUGGUCCAUUCUGCCAAAGGCUGUCAUGAACUCCAUGAAGGCUGCAUAAAAGCUACUUGGGUUCCUUGGCAUAUUUGCCAAUUAAAUGACUAAAUAAGAAGCCCUCUGCCUAAAGCCUGCCUGUUCUUUUGAGAGAAUAUUUCUUCAGCCCUAGUGUUAGAAACUCAGCUAUAUAAGUUAAUCACCAAAUGGCAACUUAAACCUAGGUUAUGGUCACCAUAAUGGAAUGUUUAGGGAAGCUUUUAAUUUUUGAUGUUUUACCGUGUUUUUAAUAUUCUGUUGGGAGCCUUCCAGAGUGGCUGGGGAAACCCAGCCAGAUGAGCGGGGGGUAUACACACACACACACACACACACACACACACACGUACGUACCUUUUUCCAGUGAAAUUUGUUGUUAUUUAUUUCAUUUUUAUACCACUUUAUAUUUUAAAGAACAAAUCUGAAAGCGGUUUACAACACAUUAAAACAUCACAGAAAACAAUCAGAAAUAAAACAUAUUCAAGCUUCAAGGGAAAUAUUUCAGAUCCUUCUCUAAGUGACAUUUUGCUUUCCCCAGUCGCCAAGCUGGCAUUAUGUGAUCUCCACGUGGUCGCAAUUGGACCCAUGCCAGUCGCAAAUUGUGCCUUCUGCCCGGCUAAUUUCUAAUGCUGAAUUCAGCCCAGUAUUUGAGCUUAUUCAGAAAGAAGCUUGAACACGAUUUUUGAGACAAUGUUUAACAGAUUUAGUAGCUUGUAAUUUUGGAAGGCAUUUUAAAUGACACACACACCCUCCUUAAAUUUUGGAGCUGUAGCAUUUCCCAACCUGGUUCUUUCUGACCUUCUAAUCAGUUUUCUAAGGUUACGUAUUGUGCCCAAAUUUUAGUUUCUCUGUAAAUCCUUUUUUUAAAAAGUUAAAACAAUUAGCAUCAUUUGCACAUGCAGAUUGUUGUAUCAAAACCAUCAAAACCAUUUGACAACUGGCAUUCAUAUCACAUGAAACAGAGAAUUUUCCUUCGUACCUUCUCUACCCUUUGUAUCGUCCCUGACAUUAAUUUUAAUAUGGGAAUAGAUGAGAUUCCCUGUUGUACUAGGACAGGUUGGUUCCUUAGACAUCUUUUGCUGCUUGUAUCUGCAAAUCGACCAGACGGUGACUAAUAUUGAGGGAGAUUCUUAGAACGAGGGGCCAUUGUUUGAAGAGCAAGCAUGUGUAAUACUAUUUUGUUAGUCACCGUUCUCGCAGCACUGUCAGCCUAAAUUACCGUCAACCCCGUAUUGCCCUUCCUUCCCUUGCUUUUAGCUUUGCGAUGUCAGCCGAGAUGUUUGCGUUAGGCAAGUAGGCCAAAGUAGAUUACUGUACUUCAUUGUUCAAAAACUGCUCUAAUAAGUAGAUUAGGUUCCCAUAAUGAAGGAUUGUUCUGGCUGCUGUCUUAGUGUAGCCAGGGUGAUAGGCUACAGAACACCCUUCUAAAAGCCAUUUAGCACUCUAGUGAUAGGAAGGUUCAAAGCAGUUGAGGAGACUAGUCUGGAAAAGGCCUUUACAGAUCAAUACCAACUAUGAGGUAUCCUAUUUCUUCUACUACCCAGUGUGCUGCUUAGUAAUAUAUCAUUGCUGCUCACCAGCCUUUAAUUAGGGAAGAAGGGAAUGGAAAUAACCUUUUUAAAAUAAAAAAAUGAAAAAUGAAACAGUUGGGAUCCAAAAGUAUGUAGCCUGAAGAGGGGUGGUUAACUUAACAGGCCACUGUGUUCUCGCUUGCUUUUUAUUUUUAGCUUGCAGCCUUUAUGAAAACCCUUCAAGCCAAAUUGGUCAUUUCUGCUUUGGUUCUGCUAAGUCUCUGCAUCAGACUUUGUAAAGUGGGAGGGGGGCUUUGUGACCUUCACACAGGGCCAUAUCUAGGGGGUGGUGAGGUUGGCGCCACACCAGGGGCACAGGCGAUGGGGAGGGCGCAAAAUCGGCUAAAAAUAUGUCCGUAAAUAUAAAUAUUGAUUAAUGCCUCAUAGGAAAUGGUUUUAAAUAGAGGGUGGAUUGAAUGGGUGGAAGGGGGGCGCGUUGGAGGAGAGGCAGAAAGAAGAGCUAAGUUGUCCGUGGCUAGGGGGGAUGCAAUCUGGACAGUUCUGCCAGGGGCGGAAGGUCACCUAGCUAUGUCUCUGCCUCCGCAUGUGUGUUUGGAUGCAAACCUCUAAAUAUUUACUCCAUCGGUUGACCUGACUUCUUAAUUUCUAGGUUCUUAUGAAGGGUUACAAUUGUGUCUGCCCAAAAGAAUGAGACUUGUAUUGCUUUAUGUAUUUAUUUAUUUAUUUAACCGAGUUUCAUUGUACAGUAAUGGUAAGCAAGCUUUCCAGGCUUCACAGAACUCUUUAAAAAAACAAAAACAUUUUCCCAAAACUCUUCAGAUAGGAAGAGUUGUAUUAAAAAAAAAAAAAGCUUUCAUUUCUCACAUUUGGACACGUGUUGUAUGAUUGUGAUUUUAUGUGAGAUGAGUUGCUUCCAAUGACAAGAGAUGCAGAAGUCAAAGGACAAACUCUUAAUUACUGUACUUAAUAUACUGUACCGUACAGUGGUACCUCAGGUUACAUACGCUUCAGGUUACAGACUCUGCUAACCCAGAAAUGGUGCUUCAGGUUAAGAACUUUGCUUCAGGUUGAGAACAGAAAUCGUGCUCCAGCGGCGCAGCGGGAGGCCCCAUUAGCUAAAGUGGUGCUUCAGGUUAAGAACAGUUCCAGGUUAAGUACGGACCUCUGGAACAAAUUAAGUACUUAACCUGAGGUACCACUGUAUAAAUGUUACAAAGGAGAAUCAUAACAAAGGGGUUAUUGGGUUGUUUUUAUUUUGAUUAUAUAUUUUGUGGUUUUAUAUUUUGAUUUUGUUCUGUGAACCGCCCUGAGACCUCCAGGCAUAGGACAGUAUAUAAAAUAAAUAAAUAAAUAAAUAAAUGCACAAGUCCGUUCACUGGGGUUCCGCCUCUAAACUCAUUUAAUUUGUAUACCUCAUUGCUAUAUUACCAUACACAAGGCACUUUACAAGAAAAUAACAACAAAAUAGGUGUUGCUGGAUUCCCUUUGACACUGCUGUUUGCACCAUACACAACCCUUCUGCAUGCAUGGCUGCGGGAAGAUUUAGCUGCAGUGUUCAGAUUGGCAAUAUUUCAUCAAUCUUUUCCCUUUUACUGACUUGUUUCUUAGUGGUUUGUAACUUAAAAUCAGAGUCCUUGACAGCUAAAGACUAAUAUACCGUAUUUUUCCAUCUAUAAGACACCCCCAUGUAUAAGACGCUCUCUGCUUUUGCGGCAACAACCAAUCACCAGUCCACCCUUGGCACUAUCCAUGUAUAAGAUGCCCCCUAAUUUUCGACAUUAUUUUUUAUGGAAAAAAUCUAGUCUUAUACAUGGAAAAAUACGGUACUUCUCCAGCUCUGACUUGUUCACUUGAGUAACAGUUUGCUGAUGCUUGACAUCUCCUAAUUUCCAUGUAGAAGCUUCCUUUUGCAAUGAGCUGAGGAUGCUUAUCAGCAUCCCAGUUAACAGUUUCAAAUAUAGCCAAGGCAAUGAACAUGGAAAUUACCUUUGUAGACUUUCUUCCAAGUCUCUUAGGGCUACAUGAAUAUUAAAAUGCCUGAACUGAAUUUAGUGUUUGUUAAGAACAAUUUAAUUCCACCCAAUUUCCCCCUCAUUAAAUUAACCUAGUGUGUUCCACAUCAGCAUUGUUUGCAUGACUAUCAUUCAGGGAAACUGUCUCAAAUGUCACCUAGUGACUUCAGUGGAACUGACUUCCAACAUAUUUGGAAGGAUGUACGCCCACAGGUGGGGAGCCUUUUGGGUCCAUGAACCAGAUAUUUUUCAGGCCCUGGCGCCACAGUCCAAACUUGACAGGUGAGUGAAGCUGCCCACCCAUCAAUUAUCUGGUGUCACAAUGAUAUAAGAUAACUGGGUGCUUUGAAGUCCCAAUGUCAGGACUUCAAAGCACUGCUCAGGGAUUUCAAGGAGCCCUGCAUGUUGCUUUAAAGCUCCUGAGGCUUUUUUCCAGGCAUCGGUUAUGUGAGCAAGUUCCAUUGCAAGGAACUCUCUUGCACAGGCAAUCUUCACAGAGGGGAAUAUGCUGUGGGCUUUGUAGGCUUGCAGAGUACUUUAUGGUCAUCAACAGUCUUGGGAGUCCAAGGCCUCUUCAACAUCAGAAAUCUAUGUCAUUGAGGAUUCUGUUUUCAUCAGUAAAUGGAGAACCAGAGUUCUUAUGUCCCUCAAAAACCUGGCAGGAACUGAUCUUUCAGAGUGAGCCUCUGGAUUUCCCAGUUGCUGGUCAAAUUAGGGAAGUGAAAAAGAAUCAAUUUUAAAUGAACUUCUGGGAAACCUUUCAAGAGCAAUUUGCUGAAAUCAUGAGGUAUAGUAAGUAGCAGGAGAAAACAGAAGCAUUGCAUUUUGGUUGACAUGUUCAAAGCAACUGUAGGCAAAGGAACACUGACAGGGUUGUCUUCUUUUGACAGGAGGAAGGAGAGAAUAAGCAAAUUUGUUCUAACUGGUUUGGUGUGAUGUUUGGAAUUGACAAACCAUAGUUACAGCCAUCUGUCUGCCUUGAGAAAUUUGCUGUCCCAAGGACAUUAUAAGUCCAGAAAGAAUAGUGCUUUAGAAGUUCAAACCAUGGUUUGGAAUUCUAAGCUACAGCUAGUGCAAAGCACGAUCUAGUACAGUGUUUGAAUUAAAUUUAAAAAACAACUGACCUCUUCCAUCAUCUUAAUAUCCUGUACAAUUAUAAGGUUGCAGUUUGAAGAGCACAUAAGCUACUUAAGAAUAAGAACAGCAGAUGUGAAAUUUGAAAGCUUCUGUCACCUUAAAAACCCUGACACCCAUUCAUCUCCUCUUUUCCCCCUUGAUUCCAGUUUGGUGCAGAAUUUCGAAGGUUUUCCCUGGAUCGUUUCAAACCAGGGAAAUUUGAAGACUUCUACAAACUGAUUCUUCACAUCCACCACAUAUCCAACAUGGAGGUGAUGAUUGGGUAUGCUGAUAUACAUGGAGACCUUCUUCCUAUUAAUAAUGACGACAACUUCUUCAAGGCUGUUACAAGCGCAAACCCGCUGCUUAGGAUUUUUAUACAAAAGCAAGGUAAGAUUAAAUGAUCACCCAUCUGCUGAAAACAUGAACUGCUCGUUUUUUCUUACUGAUUUCUAGAUUUUGAAAACCCCUGUGGAGAGUAGAAUCCUGUUUGUAUUGGCUCCUCGACCUAGAUAUUUGAGUGGGGUGGGUAAGUUGUUGUUAGGGAAAUAGCAGAAAUAUAUCGCAACGAGGCACAAAAGACUGCAGUGCAUCAGCAUAUUUUAAUAGCAUGCACUCAAAAUAAUUUGCAUAUUCCUUUCAUUAAUAUGACAAGCAGCAAGCUGUUGUUAGAGAUGCUGCUCAUGUAUUACUGUUUGGAAAGUCCUUCCUUUAUAUGUAGAAAAUGUAAGUUGGCCCUUAAGAAAUCCGAAAUAAUGGCUGAAGAUCAAAGAAGGUUGGAUCCCCAGCCAACGAGAUUUGUUUUGCUUCUUUCACUGUGCAUCAGCUCAUGAGAGAUGGGGGUGGGAGUUCAAGCCUGCCAGUACUCCAGCUUCUCCCUGCAGCCAUAAUAUUUGGGAGCAAAAUGUAUUCUAGGACUCUUUUAUUUUUAACAGGUGUCUCUUUUCUACCAGAGGAAAGAACCAUAUAUGGAGGCUCUGUUUCGCCCUCUUCUGCAUUAGCAGUCCCUACUAAGCAUGGUUUGAUUGCCUAAUAUAUCUGUUCUUAAAAUUUAUUAAGUAACAGGGCAAUCCUAUAUAUCUAUUUACUGAGAAAUAAACGACACCAAGUUCAAUAGGCCAUACUGCCAGCGGUGACGUUAACAUAUGAGAGUGCUGGGGGUGAAAUAGUUAAACAGGUUACCCAAUCAGAACCCGGGGGGUGGAGUCAGAGGGACUAUAAAACCAGCUCUGGGAGGGGCGAAGAGGGGGAGUUCGUUGGGAGUUGGGUGGUUGGUGGGAGUGAAUUGGGAUAGGUUGAGUUAGUGUAGCGAAAUAAGCUGAGUCAGGAACAGUUAGGAGCUAGAAAGACAAGUAAAUAUCUGAGAGGUGGUUUAGUGAGUGAGAGCAGGUAGCGGAAGUUAUAGGUCUGGAUAGGCACCCCAUGAUUGUAAUUGACUGAGAUCGUUUAUGAAACCACACGCUUGUUAAACUGCAAUAAAUAAACAGAAGUUUAUGUUCCGAUUUAACCCUGACUGGACUCAGUAUUUUACCAGGUAGGGCCUGGGUGGUGGCAGCAAGAAAUAAAGUGGUGGCACAGGGAUCAAUAGACAGUGAAACAUCCGGGGACCUUGUGUGAUCACCACACCAGCCAUAUAGGAUUGCAGCUUAAAGUAUGUUAACAGUUUGAAACAAGAUUGCUGAAGCAUAUUUAAGCUGCUGAGUUCCAAAGCUUGCUUAAGAAGCAAGUGACUUUAAAACAGAGCCAAAGGCAGGCAGCCUUGAAAUAACUAAUGUAGUAAGAAAAAUGAAGCAGCACAGUGGAGAAUAAACUCUUAAAACAGAAUAGAGUAGAAAUAGCAGGAAUAACAAACAAGACAAAUCACUCUGGGGAGCUUCUCACAAAUGCUCAGAUGUUGCGAGACUGGCAGCAUGGGGCCUGACUGCUGCUGCUGCUGCUGCCCCCAUCAAGGACUGGGGUGUUUGGGGAGAAGUUUCAUUGGAAGUUUUUGCUGUUGUUACUGAUGUUAACUUUUUGUAUCUUUAUGUGGCAAUUGUUCAGUUUGGUUAUGUAGUUUUUAAUGUGUUUUAUUUAUUUUUAUGACUACUUCGCUAUAUUUGUAAUUAUGUAAAUCUUUUCAAAUUGUAAGCUGCCUUGAGCAUUGUUUUAACUGUGGAAAGGCAGCAUACAAAUAAAAUUAUGAUGAUGGUGAUGUCAGUCUUUACUCAUACAGAUUGAUUUUGAUGUAGGGUAGUCAGACUUUUUGCAGCUGGAGUGUGCAAAAGUUUGUAUUGGUCCAAAACCAUUGCAGUUUUAUUAUAUGAUGAUACAUGGGGUGCUGGAUUGGGUACCAUUAUGCUGGAUUCUGUACCUUAGUCACAAGUGACUAAUACAGGUAUGUGUCCGUGUUGGCAAAUGGGCCACUAGCUUUGAAUUUAUAAGCAAACCUUGAAUCAGAAGGAAUUGUAUCUAAUUUUCCUAUGCCAGCACCAGUUCAAAUUUACCUGUGUGUGUGUAUCAAUUCUCCUUUGUAAAUAAAAUAAAAUAAAAGGGGUUGUUACAUCUUAGAUAGGGGACUGGCAAGUUUAGAACCAGAUGACCUGACAUGGAAUUGUUACAAUGACCCCAUUUAAAAAAAAAAAUGCAGAAAGGGAGUGGUUGGAGAAAGUAACUUCAUUGCUGUAGAGCCCAGAGUAUAAACACUCCUGGGUUUGAUAAUCAUGUUUUGGAAGAGGCGGAAUGUUAUACUUAAAAAUAAUCCAUUGCCAACAUUAAAUCUGCUUAGUUGGGGGAAAAUAAAAUGUAUCUUCCUCCGUUCCACUUUACUAUUCCCUUACAAGCCAUUAUAAUAUUACAGCUGCAGUGUCCCAACAUUACAGCUUCGAAUACAGAACCUAGUAAACUUUGGCGUUUGGGGUGUGUGUGUGUUGAAGGGCAGGUACUUUGUACAGGCCUGCAAUAGGCAGUUUGCUCUUUGUGUCUGGGGCUAGAGGACUCCAGGACUGCACAGCAAGUGGGUGUUUCUCUGCAAUGCACAUCACCACCUUGUCGUCGUCGUUUUUGGCACUCUGGUUGAACAGGUUGUGGCUAGAUUGCCAUCUUGGACUAGUAUCCCUCUCUCUUAAACAUCAAGGGCACAUCUGUUCUGCUCUAGGCUUCUUUCUGCUAAGCAUGCUGAGGCAUCAGUGCUGCUAAUCAAAAGGGAAGCAUUUUUAGUUUUGUUUUGUUUUUCCCCCACAGGUGGAGAAGCGAAUAUAAUGUGGCAUUUGGGCCUGGGUUUAAAUCCCUCUUGAGCUAGUUUGGGUGGCCUUGGACCCAUCCUGUACCCUUAAGUCUUUGUCCCACACUUUCCUCCUGCAAAAUGGGAAUGAUGUUUUGCCUCACUGUGAUAAUAAAGAAUGAAAUGUAAAAAUCGGCCAUGAGCCUUGGGAAUAAGAGCAGGAGGCAUGCAAAUAAUACAGGGAAUAAGUGAGCCAGUCUCCGUUGGCCUCUGCUAAGGGUAGAAAAACCUGGGUCUCUGUACACCUUGGCUUCUGGUUUGCUUCCACCUAGGCAGGCUGUGGUGCAGGUCGUUCCCCUUUUUUUUAGAUUAUCACAAGGAGAUUUUUCAGUCAGUGCAUUGGUGACGAUAGGGAGGCUCUGUCAAACCACUGGCUGGUAGGCAGACAAGUGCAAGCUAAGAAGUUUGGUCGCUGAAAUGCGCAGCAUCCAUCAUCUACUUCCAAGGCCAAUGUACAAAAACCGCUCCACUUGUUUCAGAUGCUUCUCCUUUCCUUCCUUUUUCCUUCUCUCCUCCAUCCACCCUUUGUUGCCAGCUUGUUGUUGUUGUUUAGUCGUUUAGUCGUGUCCGACUCUUCGUGACCCCAUGGACCAGAGCACGCCAGGCACUCCUGUCUUCCACUGCCUCCCACAACUCAUGUUGGCCAGCUAGUUUAUCCCAAACACAGUUGUCAGUCUUUCAGCACAAUGAGCGCUUAAACAGUCCUAAAUCGAUGCAAAUACUAGAAUCUCUGCAGAAGCUGCUUAAUGUAAGUUUUAUACUACAUUGGGUGUUGCAAGCUGUUUUUCACAUCCUCUUUCUUAUCCCAUUUAUGGAUUUCUUGACCUGUCACAGCUUGCAAUAGUUCCUAGGUGUAUCCUGUCCCAGGUACCGGCCAGGCCAAGAUAACUUUGCUCUUUAGGCAAAGCCACAGCAGAUGGCUUCAGGCUACUAAUGGUAACUGACGAUUACCCGCAAACAAAGAGCAAUGUUUUAAGUGCAAACUGAUACUUCUUGUGUUCAACCUGUGGUGUUAUGGAUGAGGGAUGUUUUCUGGCAGCAUCUUCUGCUGGUACCUUCUUUAAAAAAGAGAGAACUGCAGUACCAAACUGAGCAAAGGAAGUAUUUCUAUGAAAAUGUUUUCCCCAGGCCUUUCCAUGCUCACUGGGAUACAAGCUGGGUGUGGACUCUCUGGCUGUUCUCACACUUGUCAGCUCAUCAGAGAAGAGCGUGGGGUGAGGAACCCGACAUGUUUGCGCUGCUGGGAUUGGCAGUGUUGAAAGAAUGUUUCCUGUUCCUGUUGUUCAGAUCAGUCUGAAAGUGUCCUUAGAUGUCCAAUGGGAGCCAGUUUUGAAUCUGGAAGAAGUAAAGCCCUUGGUAGUGUGGGGGCUGCAUUAUUGGCAUGCCAUACAAAGUGGAUAUCCACAGUGUGCUGGGAGAAUCCAGAAGUACUGUAAUGGUCAGGCAACCUGGGUGUGGGUAUUUAAAUAUAGAUAUAGACACACACUCAUAUACAUGCACACACAUACAGAGAGAGGGUGAUUCAGUAAUGUGUUCUGGCAACCAGCACACCAGUUUACAGUUGGUUUCAUUAGCUUCUCCUAGUUGUCUAUUUCAAGCAUUGAUAAUAGUGUACAGGUGCUUUGUUUUUCACAGUAGCCUGGAGGAGAAAUCUGGAUGACCAAUUUUAAGGGAAUGCUUGCAUAAUUGAACACCAAACAGUCAAUAAAAGGCAAGCGCUAAUUCUGUUGACUUAAUUUCCCUCAGCUGAAAUAGAUAUUUCCCAAUUGCUUUUCGGAGAAGUGGUUUUAAGGACUAGGCCAUCAGCUAAUAUCCUUGUUCUCUAGACAAGACUGUUUGGGAUGUUUUGCUCUUGUAAGUCUGUAAUUUAAUAUCAAUUGGAUCAAAAACUUUUCCUAUAGAGAGAGGUGUCUGCUGCAUAAGAAAUUUAUGACCUCAUAAUUGAGAUAGCAAUGUGGGAAACUUUUCUUCUGAACGCACAUCUUUACUUCCUGAUGUAUGUUAAACUAAAAGAAAGUUUGAUAAAAUAAUUGAAUGCACAAAUCUUGCUGCUUAUUCCUUCUAGCUGAGAUCCCAAAAGCACAUGCCCAGUAGAGGCUUCAGGUACACUUUUCUUAAUAGCAGUUGCUUGACAACCUCCCAUCUCAAAAAAAAAACCACAAAAAACCCCCCAAAUAAACACAGAUAGGAUGGUAUUGCAGAGGUCUUCCACAAAGGCCUUCCUUAUGUUGCAUAGAUCAAGAGAAGAAAGUGAGAUGUCCCCUUGAAUAUGUGUGAGACCUUGUUCCUCUUCUUUGAUCCUGGCUUCUCUGUGUUAUGAAACCUGAGAUUUCUAUAAUGUAUAAUUUUUCUGGUCACCUUGAUAUGCUAAUUACAAAGCAAGCUUGGAUCUAGACUUGGCGGCUGUUAAUAAAACACCUUCCCAGUGCAGGGAGGCAAGAUCACUUGUUUGUGAGGUUACCCCCACCCCUUCCAGCUGUGUGCUGUGUGCUGUGUAAAAAGGCAAUUGAAAGGAAGCUGUCUGUAAGGAACUGUCAUAUGACAUGGAAGGGUUACCAAGCCCCCCUUUGUGUACUGUUCUCACUCCAAUGUCUAACACAGGGUUUUCCAAUUUUGGGUCUCUCUCUGGCUGUUUUUGAACUACAAUUCCCAUCAUCCCUGAUUGCUGGUCCUGCUACCUAGGGAUGGUGGGAGUUGUAGUCCAAAAACAGCUGGAGACCCAAGUUCAGGAAGCCCUGCUCUAACAACACCUGACCCAGACAUUGUGCAGGUGAAAACUCUUUCUGGCAUGGUGGUAUAGUUUUUGGGAAAGCUUUACCUGCUUAAUCUUGUGUAUUAGUUAUAAAAAAGGAAGUGGUGACAAGCCUAGUUCUACAGCAACCUUACAAGCAGAUAAUUACAAAGAUCACAGCCACUUCCGGGCUGCCCUGUGUGCUCUUUGUUCUGCAUGUUUGAAUCCGAAUUAUGUAGUAUUCCUGGCCAACAAGAUUAUUCAGCAUCAUGAGAUUUGCCAGAGUUGAACUGACCAAGAUGGAUGCCUUUUAUGGGCAGCACAGUUAACGGUGAUAAAAAGAGAAAUUGUAAAUCCAGACAUUGUCCCUUUUAAGAUCUGGCAACACAGAAUAUUGUACAUGCUGUUGCUGUUUUUCUCUUUUAGCAUAUAUACUUUGGGCUGUCGCCUUAAGGCAAUAGUUUAAACAAUUGGUAAAGGUAAAGGACCCCUGACAGUUAAGUUCAGUCGCAAACAACUCUGGGGUUGCGGCGCUCAUCUCGCUUUACUGGCUGAGGGAGCCGGAAUACAGCCUCCAGGUCAUGUGGCCAGCAUGAUUAAGCUACUUCUGGUGAAACAGAGCAGUGCACGGAAACACCGUUUACCUUCCCACCAGAGUGGUACCUAUUUAUCUACUUGCACUUUUUGGUGUGCUUUCGAACUCCUAGGUUGGCAGGAGCUGGGACUGAGCAACGGGAGCUCACCCCAUUGCAGGGAUUCAAACCGCGACCUUCUGAUCGGCAAGCCCUAUGCUCUGCGGUUUAGACCACAGCGCCACCUGCGUCCCAAUUGAGCCACUCUUAAUUGACAACCUCAUUGAGCCCAGGAAGCUUCUGCUUAGGGGAGUGUAUUUCUUUGAAGGUUAUCAGUGUCUUACAGUGGCAUAGCUGGGGGGAGCACAGGAGUGGUUGCCCCAGGCGCAGAAUUGUUGGGGUGCAAAAUCUCAACACUGAGUGCUGCCUCAAUACAGCUUUCACUGGGCUCCAUUGGAAACAGCUUCUCCGUGCAAACCAGGAAGUGACACCUCCAGACUUUGGAACUUUUUUUCUUAUUUAUCUCUGUGGCCAUGAACUCCUGUGUGACACAGGACACAGAUGCCAUUAGGCAGUUUAAUGUGCAUGCAUAUUCCAUCCGUUUCCCUCCCUCCCACACACCAAGCCUUGCACGGCCCCGGGCACUGGCAAGCCACGCAAUGCCACUGCCGUCAUCCCCCAGCCACCAGUUUUGAAGGAAUAAAUCCUUGCAUAUGUUGAAAUAUAAUGUGCCUCUGUAGUUUGCAAAGUAGCAAUGGGAAUAAUUCAUCCAGCCUCAUGAACAAAAGAUCGAAGCUAUAAUUACUUGUACUUAAUUCACUGAAGUUGCUCACUCUCAGCUGCUCCUGUGAGAUAUGGGAACAUGUUUGAUCAGUCUCCCCCCACCCUAGUUCAUGCCAUAUCCUUGGACUACCAGCUUGAGCCAGCACAACCCCAAACAUCUGGCAAAGCACUAGGUUAGGAAAAGUUUUUUGUGUUAUGUGCUGCUGCUGCGGGAAUUAUCUGCAGAAGUAGUCAUGCAGUGCCUUUGGUGUUUUCUUUAAAACAAAAACAAAAAACCCCUCCCUGCUAAAAUUAGAAAUGUAACACAGGAAAUGUUGUAAAUACUUUUGAAUUAACCACCCGCUAACGCUAUCCUUGGAAUAAAUGGUGCAGACAACAUGUGGAGAUAGUCUUUUCAUCAUGAUGCUAGCAAAUGCUUAAUGACUGGAGUGCAUGUAGGGUUCCUAGUUGAGGUUUUGCCACUGCUUUCAUCUAGACCAGGCCUUGCCUCUUUCAAUAGCUGCAUAUGGAGUUGGAUGCAGUGCCCCUUCCUUUGCUGCUCAGUAAUGUUUGAAAUCUGAGGCUAUGUGAGAGAAGCCCAGGACAUGCCUCCUUCUUCUCAUGCUGCUGUGGUGAGCAGCAUGGUCUCUUCCCAGGUAAUAUGAGUUUCUGGCAUAACCAAGUACUGCUGGAAAGAUGCCAGAAAGUCUAUAGAUGCCAAGAAAAAAGGGGGGGAAAUGUGGAGGACUACUUUUUAAAAAAAUAUUUUUCUGUGGUUUUUUCCUGGGCUUUCACAUCUCUGAGCAAGUUGUACACCUUCAAAGGUACAAGAAUCACUAUUUCACCUUGUAGUAAUGUAUUGCAUCACUUGCCACUAAGGAUUUUCGCAUGUUAAAUUUUCAAAACAAUUCAGAAACUCCCCACCCCACCCCGAUAGCAGUACCUCUGAAGGACCAAUAUUGCCACAGGGUUGUUUGCAAAAACACUUUCUUUAAAGGGCUGUCUAGGGUCUCACUCCUAUACAACCAAGAGUCUUGGUGGUGGUUCUUUCUGUGUAUUGGCUCUCUGAGAUUCUAAGGACACAAAUUUCUAUCAAAGCUAAUGCACAAGUAUAAAUGGAAUGCAACAGCCUUGCUGUCCUUCAGCUGCACUUUCAAAUGGCAGUCGUGAACUAUUUUUCUGCCUCUGAAUGACCAAGAUUUAGUAUUCAGGAAUUUCAUUUUCCAUGCUUAAAAUACAGGACAUUAUUGACUGGAGAAAUACAAAAAAGCCACCACACAGUUGUUUAAAACCCCAGCGUUGAAAACAUUUCUCUCUGUGUAUGCCUACGUCCCAUCCCCCUCCUCCUUUCAUGCUGAUCUGUAAAGCUUUUUUCAAAACUUGCUUUGCAGAUUCUUCAGUUCGAUAACUAAGCGGAGUGAAACAACAACAGUUGUGUGUUAGAGAAAUAUGAGAUUGCAGACACAUGUUAAGAAUUUUAUAGAAUUCCUAUAAAAUGGAGGGUGGGGAGUUUUCAAAAUGCAGAAUAUGGUGGUGAACUCUCCCAGGCUGCACUUGCUUCUGAAGCCCCAUCUUCUCCCCACACUUAACCCCACCAACAUUGCUUUUCUCUCCUUGAACUUAGAUUUAAAAGUAAUCACUACUAAAGGAAAGGCUGGAGGGGGAAGGGUUUGACAUCCCUUACCUAGGGCUGUGCCAAAAUCCGUUUGCCUCUCAAAAACCUUCAGUGCUGUUUUGUGGGUUGCGAAAUGUUUUGCCAAAUAUUCUUAUGGGGGUGAGGAGAAAGAUAUUAAAUUUUCCAAUUGUUUUUCCUCGGAAAGCUCUCUUCUGAGAAAGUUUGGCUGACUCAGCAUUAAACAAAACGAUAAGACUCUUAUGAAUUCAAAUAGAUGAAGGGAAGGGAGCAGUAGGCUAUCAAAGAGGAAGAAGUAGGGGCCAAGCCCACUGCUUCCUUCAAUGAUGAUAAUAAAAUAAUAUUAGAAUGUGAUUCACAGAUGUAACCAUAAUGCAUGGGUGGUGAAAGAGGGGUGGACAUUUCACCAAAGAUUCUUUAGGGAAGGAUUGAAAAUCUCCACAAAAUUCUUGUUGUUUUGCAGGGGAUGGGGGAUUCUCAAUUUAGUCAGAAUUGGGCUCAGGCCCACCUUUUAUUCAUGUUGUGCUUCAAACUCCCUGCCCCCACCCAAUAGGAAUCUAGCAUAUUCUGUUUUCUAAUAAUUGACCAUGCCAUUGUAAUAUCUAGUUGGCUUUUAAAAAAUAUUGUUUCUCCCAGCUCAGGUGAUUUUGGCAAGUUAGCAGCUGGUUCACAAUGUAACUUAGGCAUGUGGGAUGGGAGCUGCUGCCUUUCUCAAAGCAGGCUUCAGUAAGCAGAUGAAGAGGCCACAGCCGCCAUAUUGAGGACUUUCAUAAGAGGGUCUACCACUCUGGAAUGCUUAGAAUCUAUUUAGAUUUCUAGUGCUUUAGUUAACAGGAAGCUUUUGCAAUGCCAGGUGAGCGUCAUGUGAUGGUGGAAAUAGGAUCCAUCCCUUCCCUUGACUUGUAUAUUUUCUUUCCCAUAGAAGAAAAUACACUAUUUUAAGAACUGCUACUUUGCUUUGUUUCUAAUAGAGGGAAAAUGAACCAUUGAACAAAUCAAAGGGCUCAAGUUCAGCUCUAUUGGGUAUGAUAAGCCCACAAUGUACACACGGAUUACAUUCCGGAAUUGCACCUAAAGCCAAAAUCGCAUAUAGUCAAAACACAUUGGGCUCAAUAGCAGGUAGGAUUGCCCCAAGUUGUUUUUUUCCAGAGCCCGGUCCCUUUUAAAUUUUUUGCCACGUACAUAAAGCUGAAUGCAAAAAAGUUAAAUGUGCAUAAGUUGUGGGCUUACUGUAGUGGAUCCAAAUUGCUAAAUACUGAUCCAUAGUGUUUCCAAUCCUCCAUCAACAUGGGAUGCAAACCCAGAAGAAAGUUCUUGGAUUUCCUGGUUCUGGUGCAUUUGACUCUCUUAAUUUCCAGGGUAGAUAAAACUUUGCAGCCAUGUGUGUUUGCAGCCAAGCUCAAAUUCAGUCGUUAGGCAACAUGGUGUGCAGUGUGAGUGUGUUUGCACUUUUGUUGGCUAGGGAGCCCAUGGUCAUGCAGAUGUCCUUGGAAUCCAAGCUCAAAUCUGCUCCAAUCAACAUGGCCAAUGGUUUUGGAUGAUGGGAUUUGCAACAUCUGUAGGGGGACAGUUCCUCACCCCAGGCACACCGAAAAUCGAGUGGAGACAUCCUUCCCCCUCUACGGUUCACUUUGGCAGUGCUUAAGGAAAAUGUUUUAUCUGGAAUAUCUUAUCAGUCUCUAAGUCUCACACUCUCCACAAAAGGAUAGUUAUUGCAAGGCUUAAGCCAGCAUUUCAUAAUUGGCAGGCUGUUGUUGCUAUUAGCUUGCUGACUCAGGCUAGCCACUCUAGCUGAAUUAUCUCAUGGAGGGAACGAGAUGUUUGGAACGGCUCAGACAGGGAUGGAGCAACUUGUUGCAUUGUCCUUUUGUUGCUGGUGGCGUGGGCUAAACAGGCCCAUUGCUGUGAUUUUUUUGUUUUCUCUCAGAUUUCUGUGCCGGUCUGCAAUCUUCCCACCCCCUCACUGCGAGGGAGAAAGCAACCCUUGCUUUUGGUGUGUUGGCAAAACUGUCCCUUGAAUUAUGGCCAUGGGAAUUGCUGAAGGGGGCCUGCAGGAAAUAACUAGUGCCUUUUUGCCAAUGGGUUAUUUUUGGUGGCUUCAAUUACAGCCCUCUUUCCUCCUGCCUCCUCUGGCAACCACACGGGUGUCAUGUAAAUGGAUGGCGCUCAGUUGCGACAGCAAAGCCACCAAGGAGCUCAAGGAGCUGAGUCUGGAGAGAAGAGGACACGUUUGCAGCAGUGUGCUUUCCAUUCCUCCUCUUCCGUCUUCUUUUCCUCCGCCCCUUGUAAGAUCUUGAGUGCUUUCCUCAUAAUGUAAAUAUCCUUGGUUAGAGAUAUUUUGACUUCAGAGUUGCGACGGGAAGUUUUGCUUGGAAGAUGCUGCCUAGGAGGCGGGAGAGGGGUUAGGCUUUUAAAUGCUGCCUCCGACGGAAACUAUGAACAUGGUUAGUGCUGAAUUUGCAUUGUGCUGCACCCUUAAUAAUCUCGUAUCUUGUACUAACAAUGGUAGUUAAAAUUACAGCCAUUUCUGAGCACCGUGAAGGCGGUGGGGAGAGCCUUUGCAUCCUUUUUAACAGCGUGUGCUGUAAGAAACAACCUUCCUCCUUCUUGCCCAAUAAGGCUCCUCAUUUAUAUACAUGAGUUUUGUGAAUGGCAAAGUCUUCAGAAGUCAGGCACUGUUUGAGAAGCAUCCAGGAGUGACUAAUGCUCCUUAAUCCAAUUUAUAACAGAUUUUCUCUCUUUGAAAAGCAAGACACUUUUUUCUGUUUUCAUCUCUUCUCGGUAAGGAGAAGACAUGGGGAAGUGUGUGACGACUGCUGCUAUUUUUCAGAUAACUUGUCAGUUUCUUCUAGUGCUCUAUUCCUUAUAUUGUUGUUCUGUUUUAUAUAUAUCCAAGGGGGUGUGCUUUGCCUCCCUCCCACCCUGUUUUAUCUGAACAACAACCUUGUGAGGUACAGUAGACUGAGAGACGGUGACUGGGCCAAGGCCAGCCAGUGAGCUUCAUGGCAGAUCAGGGAUUUGAACCCUGAUCUUCCAACCAAGAGUCCAAGACUCCAACCACCACACUACACUGGGUCAUAGCACAGUUUUAGGCUAUUGUUUUGCUUAGGUUCUUGUCCUACCGUGAACUCCCCCUUACACAGACAUGACGCAGUCACUGUGUAUUAUGUAAAUAUGGCUCCUUUACUCUCUCUUUCUCCCUCACCCACUUUCCCCCUCUGCUGCUUUCCAAACUGGCUUUCUGUCGGAUUAACGCUGUGCACGGAGUCAUGGUUUCCCACAACUUUCUCUUUUCUCGUUAGGUUCUUGCAGUAAGAAGUUUUAUGUUAUAAUUUUGCUGCAUAUAUAAAUAGAACCACCUAGGUUAAGGAGGCUCAGAACAAAAGCGUCUCAUCCUUUUAUUUUCAUUACAUCAUCAUCCUGUUUCUUGGCGUAUAACGGCUCCCGUACCUGGGGUAACUAGCCUAAGCUUUUUAACCUAGGUACUUCCCAGGACAUGUGAGCUAAUUUGGCCAUCUGUCAGUUGCAUGACUUGGGUACUUUCUACAUUUCUCCCUAAACUUCCCCCCCUCCCCAGCAGUAUCUGAGCAACAGUUACACACCUUCGAUUUUUAAAAUAUUUGUUGAGGGCAGCUCACAAAAUAUAAGAUUUUACCUGAGAGGUACACAGGUCUGUCUCACACUGGAGAGAAGCUUUCUCUGUCCAUAUACCAAUCAUUUCUCUUUUACAUUAGCCCAUAAUUUAAUUUGCUGCCUUGUCACUCUUUUUCCCUAUAUUGAAAGAUCUCUCACUACAUCCUUUAGUGUUCUAAUACUCUGAAUCUGAACCUUUUGUUCUCUUAUUCCAGGCCUUAACUGAGGGAUAGAGUAGGAUUUGAUAAUAAUUUACUACAGUGCACUGUAGAGCUUCCUAUUAAGUUUUGAGCCUAAAGUAGGUGAUGAUUACAAAUGCAGUAGACCUUUUGUGAACCUACUUACCCCUCCACUCUCCAUUUCUUUCAUGAUAAUAAGUUACACUGGCAAUGUGGACAGCCAGUGUGAUGUAGCAGGUUGAAGUUAGACUGGGGAGAGAGGCAGGUUCAAAUCCCUGUUCAGGAAACAAACCGGGACCCCAUCUGCACUAUACAUUUAAAGCAGUAUCAUACCGCUUCAAACAGUCUUGGCUUUUCUCAAAAGAGCUCUGUGAACUGUAGUUUUUGUAAAGGUGCUGGUAGCUGUUAGGAAACCCUUGCUCCCUUCACAGAACAGCAGUUCCCAGAAUUCCCUGGGAAAGAGGGAUUGAUCGUUAAAUCAGUCUGGGAGCUAGUCAGCCUGCACAAGGACUUCUGCUUGUGCAACAGGGCUUUCGUUCCCUCUCCUUCCCCUACAUGCACCCCAGAUCUGCUCCAGAGGGUUGUGGGGGAAGCCCAGAGCAGAUCUUGCCAGGAUGGGGCAGCAGGGGGAGGAGAGGAAGGGGAAGAUUUGUCAUGUAAGUGCAUUGACAUGGUUGGAUAUCACCCUUCAUUAGUCCAAAUUAGAUGAGGAUGAGGAUUUAUUUGAUACUCCACCCAUCUGUCUGGGUUGCCCCAGCUAUUCUGGACAGCUUCCAAAACAUAUAAAAACAUAAUAAAACAUCAAACAUCAAAAGCUUCUCAAUAUAGAGCUGUCUUCUAAAAGUUGUGUAGUUCUUUAUCUCCUUGACAUCUGAUGGGAGGGCGUUCCGCAGGUGGGGUGGCACUGCCGAGAAGGCCCUCUGUCUGGUUCCCUGUAACCUCACUUCUCACAGUGAGGGAGCUGCCAGAAGGCCCUUGGAGCUAGACCUCAGUGUCUGGGCUGAACGAUGGAGAUGCUCCUUCAGCUAUACAGUGCUGAGGCCAUUUAGGGCUUUAAGGCUCAGCACCAACACUUUGAAUUGUGCCCAGAAACGUACCACGAGCCAGUGUAGAUCCUUUAGGACCAGUGUUAUACAGUCCCUGCAUCUGCCCCCAGUCAUCAGUCUAGUUGCCGCAGUCUGGAUUAGUUGUAGUUUCCGAGUCAUCUUCAAAGGUAGCCACACAUAGCUACCAAUCCUUCGUUCUGAACUCAACGAAUCACUUUCCAAAACCUGGAAAAAUGCCCACUUUGCCUAGAAGUGUGUAUUGAAAGAAUGGGAAAAUCCAGUUUUACUGCUCUGUAGGUAUGCUGCUGCUAAUGGCACAAUUUUCUCUGCUACCUGGCAGAUUGAGGAGUGAACCUACCCGGCUGGGAGUUCCCUGUGACACCAGACUCCACACCCUGCCUGCCUCUUCCUCUUGAGCCUAUGCUAGCUGCGUCGACAUAUCUCCCCUUAUUUGUGUAUGGGCCUUUCUCAAGCAGAUGUCUGUCCAGAGGCCACUGCCAAAAUCCAAACAUAAAGCUUCUGUGGGGGAAUUUAUUUUCCUGCCUGUACUGCAUGCGGUGUGUCGGCAGCGUUCAUCAUACCAAGCUCUGAAUUGCUGCGCAGGGAGGGAGGGUAACAAAACAACUGUCGUCAGCAGUCCCUGCACUAGUAAAUUACACAUUCCAUUUCCCUCUUCCCACGCAAUCCACACUGGCCUUUCAGAGCACGGCUACAUGCACUUGACGCUGUUGGGUGGCUGGAAUCUUCUUCCUGAAAUCCUUGUGUCUUCUUCUGUAGAUUGACAAUGACCAGCCGUCAGUGGAUCAACUACUGCUCACACCUCGCUUGCAAAACCAUGGACACACACUCUGCAAACUUAAUCUUGCUUCCCAUUUUCUUUUGAGUGUGCCUCUCCUAGUGCUUUCUGGCAAGUUGCUGUGUGUUUUUACUAUAGUUUUAUAGUAGGUGAGCCAGGCCUGAAGGGUUUUCUUUAAAAACCGUGGCCCUGUUUAUGAUGAUAAAACACGCCGUCCCUUUACUCCUGAGCCGCAGUCACUUUUAAACAGCGCUCAAAUGCGUGAGUCCUCAUUAAAGUGUCUCUGGCUUUUAUAACCGACAGAUUGGCAGAGCAGGUUGAAGUUAAAUCUUAGGCAACUUGCCUCUUACUCUUACUGGGUAGAUAAUUUGUAGCUUUCCAUUGCCCCGCGUUAAAGGGAGUCCUGUGCAGGCCCAUGGGAUAAAAAGUAUUGGAGCUGAAUCUCUCGGCCAGUGUUCGAAAUUUGCCAGGCGCCAUGUGCAUUUUGCACCUGGCUAUCGGCCACUUGCACAAUACACAAGUAUGGUGCCUGACAUCUCCAUCAUUUGGAGGUGCAUGCCUGGGGAUCUUUGAUGGCAACUAGGCAUUUUAUUUUGGUGACUGUAAUCCUGGUUUAAGGAGCCAUUUGCUGCCUAGCUUAUAUAUCUGAGUUUCUAGCACUGCUCUUGGCUUAACCUAUACCGCAGAGUGAGUGUGAGGAUAAAGUACAUUUGUAAAACACUGUAAUCUGGCAGAGCUGUUGCCUAAAAAGGGGGCACUUGAAUGGGCUUUCAGUGUACUGUUUGUGUGCAUGCUUUUUUAAAAGGCUAGAGUCUGGUGAAGUAUUUUGGAGUUCAUUGUGUUUGUGAUUGCUCAUUUAAGUUUCUGGCUGGUGCUUUUGUUUAUAUGUGCUGUAGACCACAUUUUGAUCAGCCACACCUGUAUCGAUAGGCCUGACACCUGAGGAGUGUACAGCAGUUGUAGUUGUAGUUGCUGUUGUUUAGUCGUUUAGUCAUGUCCGACUCUUCAUGACCCCAUGAUCCAGAGCACGCCAGGCACUCCUGUCUUCCACUGCCUCCCGCAGUUUGGUCAGACUCAUGUUUGUAGCUUCGAGAACACUGUCCAACAAUGUACAGUGUACAGCAGACUUUCUUUUAAUUGCCUGGACUGUUUAGCCAGCGUUGAAUAAACCUGGAAGCUCUUUUACAAAAUGGUGGGUCCUUUGGAACCAGCUCCAGUUAAAAGUUUGCGUUGGAGAUGAAUUCUUGGAGUUCUCCACCUGGCUUGAGGAGACAUCUCUUUUUUUACUUCCUUUUACUCCCUGAAAGACAACAAUAUAUGUCAUCUCUUCCUUUGAAAGCAGCCAAAUGUGUUUGGCAUGAGUUGUGUCUUUUUUUCUUCUCAUUUUGUGGGGAGGAACAGAUAGGAACAUGGCCUCUUCAGUUUUGAAGCAAAUAAUUUCAUUUGAUAAACCACCUACAAUGGUUUAAAGUAAAUGCAUGCUUAAGCCAGCUGUGUAAGAGUGUUAGCAAGACUGGCAGCUAGCCACGAACUCCUCCACUCCCUUUUAGCUAUCAAAAGGCCCUGAUUUGAGAAGAGUUCAUUUGUCUCAUCUCAUAUCUCUAAUUUAAGAGCACAUAAUACACUAUUCAGCCUAAUUUACCUUACUCCUUCCACAUUCAUGUUGUACAUAAUCAUCAUCAGUAUGCAGGGCUGUAUCACUAACAUCCACUAGGUAUUUAAGUUUGAACAUGUUUCACAUCUGACCUUUAGAAGAGUAUAUUCUGUGUUCUUUUAGAUAUUUAUGACGGGGUAAACAAAUGAAAAUAUGCAAGGGCCAUAUAACUGUAGCUAUUGUGCUUAAAUUAUUGUUUCAAGAUUGUGGAUUUACAGGUCGUUCCAAAACCAAAUGACUAAAUAAACAACUAGAGCCAAAUAUAUUUUGAAAACUCGAAAGGAUUUUGAAAAGUUUCGCUAAGGAGCUUGAUUCUGGGCCUUCAUGCUUACAUUUGGCAGUUACUUCAUACAGGCUUGCUAGGAGCAAUUUCAAAUGCCCAGAAAAGACACUUGGUGCAGACCCCAUUUUAAAUGAAUAUAGGGAAGUGGGUCAUUGAAUGAGUCCCCAUGAAUUCCUGCAUUUGCACAAUCACCACAUCCUAACACCUUGUUGCAGUGAAGAACACGGGGUUCAUUAAACAUGCCAUCUCUCCUGUGCAGCGUUAGAAAUUGGCCAGGCGCCGGGUGCAUUUUGCGACUGGCGUGGGUCAAAUUGCGACCACAGAGAGCUCUGGAUGCCAGGCUGGCAGCUGGGGAAAGCAAAACAUCGCUUAGAGAAGGAUCCGGAAUAUUUUCCUUGAAGCUUGAAUUUCUUCUGUUCUGGCUUGUUUAUUUGAUGUCUUAAUAUGUUGCAAACCACUUUGAGAUGUGUUCUUUAAAAUAUAAAGUGGUAUAAAAAUGAAAUAAACAACAACAAAUUUCAUUUAAAAAUGGCACCUAGUUAUACAGUGGUACCUCUGGUUCCAUACUUAAUUCGUUCCGGAGGUCCAUUCUUAACCUGAAACUGUUCUUAACCUGAAGCACCACUUUAGCUAAUGGGGCCUCCUGGCGCUGCCACGCCACCGGAGCACGAUUUCUAUUCUCAUCCUGAAGCAAAGUUCUUAACCUGAGGUACUAUUUCUGGGUUAGCGGAGUCUGUAACCUGAAGCGUAUGUAACCUGAGGUACCACUGUAUUCCACUGUGGUUUAACGUAGGUUUAAGUUGCAAUUUGGUGAUUAGCUUAUAUAUCUGAGUUUCUAACAGAUGCUCCUAUGGUCUCAAGUUAGUAUAGCUCAAAUUAAGGCUGUGCCUCUCUGAAUGUGAGCAUCAUUCUCAUCUGCUGCAGACCUCACAAAGUGAAUUUGUGUCCCCACCUCACUGAAUUUCUACCAUGAAUAGUAGAUAGAGAUUCCACCUUCCUUGUGCUUCAGUGUAAUGUAAACAAUAUAAUGCAGGGCUCCCGGUAUCAGCCAGCAGGCAACAGAACCAACAGAUCAUUCUGCACAGGUUCCUUUGUCAAGAUAAAGGAUGAAAGGCUAUCUCAAAAAGCAGACUUUAUGGAUGUCUUUCUAAAUAUAUCAUUACUGGCAACUUAUCCCAGCUCCGCUGGGGUUACAGCCCAGAACUGCAUUCCACUUGCAAUGUAAGUAAUUCAACCCAGGUUUGAACAAAAUUGUUUUGAUUUUAGCCUUGGGUUCAGCUGUGCAUGCAUAUUCCUUGUGGUGAAGGCACUUGCCUGUGUCUAAAUAGGAAUAUAGUGAUGGCAAAUGGUUUGUAUCAAGCUCCUCGUUUUUGUAAAUGUCGAAAGAUAGUUCCUGAAACUUUUUCAAACUGUGUUAAAUCUAGUUCUCUCAGCUGAAAUGCUUUGGGUGAAGUUUCUCAAACUUUUUAUCGUAGCAAGCAUCGCUAAACUAAGAGAAACUGUUUGAUGGUCUCUGUGCAAGAUUUUUAUUUUUAUAAAAAUGAGGGCACUUUUUAAAUAUGGGGAACAAGCAAUAAACUUCAUUAAAGUGAAAUAACAAACUAUGAUAUGAGUAAAUAGAUGCAAAUCUGCUUUUUGCAUGUUCUAACUUUAUGGGAACAAAAGGGGGGUAUUGGUUUCAAUUUUAAAGGAUAGCCUUGUGCUGUAAAACUGUUCCUUCCUUCGUUGCAUUCUUUUCUGCUCAUUUUCUGAUUUUUUUUAGUCUUGUGGAUUUGCUUCUCUCUCUCUCUCCUGCUUAUCUUGCCUUUUCAUGGCUGCACUUUCUUGGACCAAAGCUUUCCCCAGCAAGAGGCGUUGUGAGCAUCAGUACCUGGCAAAGGGUUUUGCUGGCUGGUUCUCUGAAGGAUUACAAAGCCAGGAGUCAAUUACCGUAUUUUUCGCUCUAUAAGACGCACCAGAUCACAAGACGCACCUAGUUUUUGGAGGAGGAAAACAAGGGGAAAAAAAUUCUGAAUCUCAGAAGCCAAAACAGCAAGAGGGAUCGCUGCGCAGUGAAAGCCGCAAUCCCUCUUGCUGUUCCGGCUUCUGUGAUAGCUGCGCAGCCUGUAUUCGCUCCAUAAGACACACACGCAUUUCCCCUUACUUUUUAGGAGGGAAAAAGUGAGUCUUAUAGAGCAAAAAAUACGGUACUUUUGUGACAGGCCUGGAGUCUUUAUUUGUUCAAAGCUGCCAUCAAAAUGCAUGGGUUAAUGAAUGUCUGCUAGAUUCUUUAUCCCCCAGGUGAAGCACAUUCCUUUAAGAACAACUACGGUCAUCAGGAACAGGGAAUGUGUGUCUGCUUGCUGUUUUUCUGUUAAUAAAAAGCACAUCUGUUUUUCAGAUCUUGCUCACGGGGGUUACAUGGACCUCUUAAGAAUCCCAAAUCUUAUCUCCAGCAUUGCAUAACUAAAUCCAUGCUAGUAUUUUGUUUUUAGGGCUGUCUCUAGGUCUGAUGUGUUUUCUGCUCAUAUGUGUGUUGCAUUCAAGCAAAAUCCCAAAAGUUAGCUCUGUACUAAUCCCUAGAGAGACCUACAGCCAAACCCCCUUGACUUACGUACUUCUCCGUGUACUAGAUCAUCCCCCAUUGGAGAAAUUUUGCAGAAAUGGAACCCUUUCAGUUGCUAAUCUCCUAAAUAAUAUAUUUCUCUCUCUGAUCAAUACAGAUCUCUGAUUGGUUUAGGACCAGUCCAAAAUCUAAACAAGACAAACCAUCUUCAGAGGUGUCCUGUCAUUUGCGCAACCACAGUUAGAGGGAAACUUUAUAUACCGUAUCGGCCCGAAUAAGCCACACUUUCCCCCCAAAUUCUGACAGUGAAAAGUUAAAGUGUGGCUUAUAUUUGGGGCAAUACGGUACUGUGCUUGGCUUAAGGCUAUCUGACAAAGCUCCUCCACUUGUAUCAAUCUAGUUGCCUCAGGGGCAGCCAUUUUAACUUGGGGUGCAAAGUGAUUUCCCGUGGGCAGGAGAAAUGUUUGUAAGCACCUUGUCCCGAAAGUCUGCUAGGGCUUAAAUUGAUGCCCUGUUUGAGGGAAAAUAUAUAUGUCGAACUUUUGACAACCUGCAGCAAACGAUGUAUUGUUUCAUUCAUACUCACAUUAAAGUAGGGAGAACUCAUUUUCAGAGUUCUCCUAUGUCCUACUACUAUGUGGUAGUGCAAUUUCUACUCUGCAGCGACUUGAAAUAACAUUGGUGCCUCAGAGAGACACCCCCCCCGCCCCCGGUUUCUGGACUGAGGAAAUCAUAGAAUUGUAGAGGUGGAAGGGACCCCAUGCAGGGGCAAAACUAGGCUUUCUUUCACCAGAGUCAAAGACCCAGUUUGGCACGCACACACCCCACUUGCAUUUGCAUACUCUCUCACAGAGACUGGGUGCCUGAAUGGUGCUCCUCUGGAGGCUUCACCCAGGGCAAAAAAAAACCCCUGGCUGGCUAGCCCACCCCCCAGCUACUGUACUGACCCAGGUCUGGCUUUCUACAUAUUAAUUUGGGAUGAGUUGAAUGCAGCCCUCCAUACCUCUCUGCCUUGCCUUUAAAACUUUCAACUUUCAAGCCCCCUUCCCCCUCUUAAAGCAUUUCCCUGGCUGGAAUGUGUCUUUGAAAUGUGUUAAUGCCCCUGUCUUACCAGGAUGGAGAGAUGUGCAAGGGGCAGAGGACGGUUGGGUAGAAAACUUCUUUAUAGCUGGAAUAUAGCUUGGAUGAAACGUUUGCCUCUUGUUGUGCAUACCACUGGCAUGUGGCCCCUGGGAGUCUGUUUAUGAGGGAAUGUGGCCCCUGGGCUGCAGAAAGAUACCUGUUCCAGGCUUUCCACUAAGCUAGGAGUCAUAAACGGUAAGAAGCGCAGUAGUGUAGUAUAGUGGUUAGAGCAUUGGGGCAGCUCGGGGGGGGGCCUAGUUCGAAUCUCUGCUUUGCAAUGAACCUCCCUCUGUGACUGAGCUGAGGUGGCUAUUUUUCCUAUCUUGGAAGGUUGUUGUGAGGAGAAAAUGAGGGGAUGGGGAAACAGGCAGGAUACAGUGGUGCCCCGCAAGACGAAUGCCUCGCAAGACGAAAAACUCGCUAGACGAAAGGGUUUUGCGUUUUUUGAGUCAUUCCGCAAGACGAAUUUCCCUGUGGGCUUGCUUCGCAAGACGCGAGUUCUUGCGAGUUUGUUUCCUUUUUCUUAAAGCCGCUAAGCCGCUAAUAGCCGUGCUUCGCAAGACGAAGAGACUCGCGGAACGGAUUACUUUCGUCUUGCGAGGCACCACUGUAGAAAUAAAAUAAGCAGUAGAAGUGUGUUUGUUCUUUGGAUGAUUCUUCUCCAUUAGUGAAAGUGAAAGACUGUUUUAGGAAAGCCUAAUCUGGGGAAACGAAGCCAUUCACUUGUGUGCAAAUCUUGCUUUGACCAUCGGUGAUACAUGCAGAUUAAAGGGUGUGUGCACUGUGCUUUCUCAGCCAGUUCAUAUCAGAGCUGCUGUAUUCACUCUAUCUUGAAAAACACAGAGCCUAGGACUUGCCGAUCAGAAGGUUGGUGGUUUGAAUCCCCACGACGGGGUGAGCUCCCGUUGCUCGGUCCCUGCUCCUGCCAACCUAGCAGUUCAAAAGCAGGUCAAAGUGCAAGUAGAUAAAUAGGUACCACUCCAGUGGGAAGGUAAACGACGUUUCCGUGCACUGCUCUGGUUCGCCAGAAGUGGCUUAGUCAUGCUGGCCACAUGACCCGGAAGCUGUACGCCGGCUCCCUCGGCCAGUAAAGCAAGAUGAGCGCCACAACCCCAGAGUCGGCCACAACUGGACCUAAUGGUCAGGGGUCCCUUUACCUUUAUCUUGAAAAAACCAAUGGCCUCUGCAGUGACCCUGGUAUUCUGUUGCUCAGUCUGGUGCAAGCAUCCGUUCCAGUGGCCUGGAGACCAUCUAAGCAAAACUGUUCAUGUAAAUUCAGUACUUGAAGUGGAUUAGGAUACAGGGUGGUUUGGAUAAUAUAAGGGAAAGAACAUUCAAGAGCAUGAAACAGUAUUAUAGGACAGCAUGACAGCAACCUCCGGGGUUGAGUUUUAGCUGCUUGUGUGUAGAUGGGCUUACAAGGUUUCUGGGUAAUUGUUAAACUUGUGUAACUAAACACAUGAAAGCUUUAAUCGUUUGCACAAAAGGAUGACUCUUCAGCCUCCGGCAGCAAGGCUGGUGGAUCCGGCCUGGUGGAUCGGGGUAAAUCAGCCAGCUGGCACUCAUCUGACUAUUAUGAAGUGCACACUUUUUAAAAAGUAGGCUAUGUCUAAGUGUCUGGGCUUGAACAGGCAUGCUUUUAGCCAAGGGUGUGUAGCUGUACUAGAUUCUUGCUGGUCUAAAGGGUGCAGGAGGAGAUCUGUUGCCUUCGCUGCGCUUAAACAAGCUUAGACUGGAAGGUGUUUUUGCAAGGCUUUCUGUGAUCUUUCAGAAUGGAAGCUGCAGCCCAGCCCAAAAUACCUUGUUUUCUAUCAGCAGAAAGCACAAAAAAGAUAAUAGGGCAUUUGAUUACAGGUAGCGAUUCUGGACUGUUUCAGUGUGCAGCAUCGAUUUAUCUGUAGCCGUUCCUCGGAUGCUGCUGCUUGGCUUUCAAAAGAACUGUCCUGUAAUCCUCUUUGAGGCUACGGAGCUCUUAAUCUUGAAGGGAUGUUGAGUGGUGAGGCCUAGUGACUCGCUUUUGUUGGACAUUGAUUUAGUCAUUCAUUAACCACCAGAGGUGUGUGUGUGUGACUGCUGCAACCAGAGUGAGCCUGGAAGGUCACCAUUAAGAGGAACUGGGAAGUUUCAAAAGGUGGAGUUUGGGGGGCAGGGACUGGGACAUAAUGGGAAGGCAGAAGGAAACAGGAGAGGGGCAUGAGGCACUGAAUAAAUAUAUCCUCAUAACCUGUCCACCCAGUUUCAGCUUUCCCCCCAUAUAAUCAUGAGGACUUGAAACUUGCCUUCUUUAAAAACAAAGCUAUGUGAAGUAGCCACGUACACUGAUGAAUAGGAAUGUAGAUGACGUGGAAGGGUUGACGAAGCUGAGACUAGAAAAAGAACCUGGGUGGGUAAGCAGCAAAUAAUCGUAUUACCCUGAAGUAAACAUAUACAUUUAUUUGUACACCUCUUUAUAACUUCUUUUCUUUUUUUGCCACUGCCACCACCUCAAAUCUGGUGGAGUCUUUAGGAAAAUAAUGAUAAGUUGUGAUGAGCAUUUUUAGCUGAGACAUUUAUGUUCUAGAACCUGAAUGUGAAUUGGAGCAGGCGAAAAAAGACAUUAGGGGGAAAACAUGCCUGUGUAAAUCCAGGUAUUCUGAAUAAUUGUUUUAAAAUUAUGUCAAGGUUGCAAUGCACUCGAAUUACUUGCUUGUUGACACUGCACUGAAAAGGAAAGACUUGGUUUAUCCUAAUCUUGGAUUAGGUUUUAUAACUUGUAGAACAAAUGUAUCUAAACAUUUUUUUCAGUGUUGAGGAGAAAUGUUAAGAGUUUGUUUUUUUAAGCACUACUUUCUUGAUACAUAUCAAAAGAUUUACUUUCGCAAUCUGGAGAGUUUAUGGUUGACCAGUAUGUGCACCACGCUUUUUAUAUGUCUUAAAUUCUAUACUCUUCAUUAACAUUGAACUGACUCGCCUUCCCACUGCAAGGCACAACUCAAAGUUGCCACCUUGAUUCUUGUUUUCGAUUUCUGAAUUGGGACUUCAGCAGACUGUUUUGGCUGUGUUCCAGUAACCAUUUUGGAAUGCUCUCUCUUCCUUUUAAAAGAAGCUGAAUUCUCCAGCUGAUUUGAUUUGCAAUUAAAACCGCACGUUUGGUGCUGGAUACUUUCAAGCGCACUUGGGGUGGCAUGUGACAUAUCCUGGGAUCUGUUUAAGAUGUGCUAAAGUGUGAAGAAACCAUAAUCUUGCAUCCACUGCAGCUACAGCCAAAGGACGUGAAAUGGUUGGGCGGAAUAGCAUAGAAUCCUAGAAUUGUAGGAUCAAAGGAUCAUCUAUUAAAGUGUUUCCCAAACCUGGGUCUCCAGCUGUUUUUGAACUACAGUUCCCAUCAUCCCUUACCACUGGCCCUGCUAGCUAGGGAUGAUGGGAGUUGUAGUCCAAAAACAGCUGGGAGACCCAAGUUUGGGAAACACUGAUCUAGUCCAUCCCCCUGCAAUGCAGGGAUACACAGCUGUCCCAUAUGGAGGGCGAACCUGCAACCUUCGUGUUAUCAGCAACAUGGGCUAACCAACUGAGCUAUCCAGUGGAGCUUGUGGCAGUAUGAUUGGGGGCUUGUGGUAGGUGAAGACUGGCUGAGUAUCCUAGCAACGUGUGUGUGUGUGCGCGCAUGUGGUGACGAUGUGGCAGUGAGAGUAGUGCUUGAUAAACCACUGGACCAAGCAGGGUGGACAGCUAGGCCUAGGACUUUUGCCAACAUACCUAACUGGCCCCAUUCUCCACCCCAGCUUUUGGCAUUGCAAACUCCAUUUUCCUUGGGAACUUGAAGCUCUCAUCUCUUCUUAAGCCGAUGACUCUGGCUUGCAAACCACAAUGACAGUCUUGCAAGCUUUGGUGUUUUGCUUUACGUAAGUCUGGGAAGCUGAAAUCUUAUCCAUUAGGGCAAAAUGGAUUUUAAUUGCACUAACAUGUGUUCCUACUUUUCUCUUAUGGUUUAUGUGGCCUAGCAGGAUGCUGGGAGCCUCGUUUUAUGCAUUAAUCUUUGCCCUGCUUGCAGCUUUUUGGGGGCCUCUAGAGGUCAGCGAGUGACUGUGCUGUGCUGAGCGGGAUGAAGUUACUGAUUUAUAAUAGCUUGCUAUGCCGUGCUCAAUUCAGCUGCGAAACAUAUAAAUUGUAUCCCUUUGUCUGAUUAGGGUGUUGUUGCUUUGCUGCUGUUGUCAUUGUUCCCUGUUGCUCAGCAUCUCCCACACUGCCAUUAUAUCCGGAACAAGGGUCUGUUCAGCUUCUGUAGGUAAUGGCUGCACCAGGACAUAUUGUAUAAAGACCACAUUUCUGUGAAAAUGACCUUGAACCUUCAUUCAGUCCAAAGUAUCUCUCUCUGCAUUUUAAAGAAUGUUCUUUCUUCAGAGUAACAGGGUCUUGUCUUAAAUAUUUGACAAUUGCAGAUGUCAUGGUCUGAACUCUCUGAUCAACAACUAGUGUUUUUGGGGGGUGCUAAAGGGUGGGUGGACUGCCUAAGGUCCCCUCCCCAAAGCAGAUCCUGUUACUACAGCUGACACCCCCACUUUCACUCCUCUUUAAAUCUCUGAACUGGCCAAACAUCACUUCUCUCUAUGGCUCGGUUUGGGGUUUAGGACCUCUGAGUGUUCAUCCUUGGCCCUGUUCUGCCUUAUUAAGUGCCAAAAUAAUAUUCUGCUACUUCAGUGGCUACUUCAGUGGAGCAAUUUUUGCUUUCUCCGUGCUAUAGACAUAAUUUAGGUAAUUUACCAGGGUGGCGCUGUAGUCUAAACCACUGAUCCUCUUGGGCUUGCCAGUUGGAAGGUUGGCGGUUUGAUUCCCAUGACGAGAUGAGCUCCCGUUGCUCUGUCCCAGCUUCUGCCAACCUAGCAGUUCGAAAGCAUACAGUGCAAGUAGAUAAAUAGCGGGAAGAUAAAUGGCAUUUCCGUUCGCUCUGGCACUUGGCACGGUCCUCCGUGUGCCAGUAGCAGUUUAGUUAUGCUGACCACAUGGCCUGGAAAGCUGUCUGCGGACAAACGCCGGCUCCCUCAGCCUGAAAAGUGAGAUGAGCGCCGCACCCCAUAGUUGCCUUUUGACUGGACUUAAUCGUCCGAGGUCCUUUAUCUUUACCUUAUAGGCAUAAUUUAUUUGCUUCAGCCUCUUGAGUAAUAUUAAAACUUAAUUCCUGCUCUCUAGAUCUUUCAGGGCACUUCUUUUAAAAAAAUAGACUAAUUGUGCUUCAUUGAACCAUCUAUGGUUCUAAUAACCCACAGCUCUGUAACCCUCAUUCAAAAACAAUUUUUUGAAUGUAUCAGGUUACUCACUGCAUCCUGGGAGUAAGUGUACUUGGAGUGCCAGCUCCAGGGUGCUACUAAUGGUAGAAUGUUGCUGAUCGGAGCAAUUUCUCGGCUGCAGAGAAAAAUGUGAGGAAAUGUUUAUAAUAUGUGUGGAGCAGGAGUCUAGUGCCUUGCUGUCAGAUCAUCUGUACAAAAUCCACAUGGGUUUUGCAUUACAACUAAUUUUUAAGAGCAUUCCUCCAUGGAGGAAAAUAGUUAAGCUGGAAUCUGCCCACAUGAGCAUUGGGACCUGACUGUAUAUCUGUGUCUGCAGGAUCCCCUGUGGCUACAGGCAUUAGUUAUAGUUUGGCCUGGUUCUCGCUUUCCCAAAAGUUUUAUUAGGUAUUCAGCCCAUUAGAAAGGGUGAGCUAGGACUCGGUUUUUCUCUUAACACUGUGCUGAAUUUUGAUAAUAAAAGUUAUCUCCAGACUCCUUGUGGCCGUGAGUGUUAUUUUCAGGGUUUUGUGCGGUCAACUAAAGUUUUAUGCAUCCUCAGCUGGUUCUGUGGCAACAAUGAGCUUUUCUUCUUUUCAUAUACCAUAUUUUCCCAGAGCUUUGCCUGGCACAGGUCAGCGUUGCUGGUGGGAAACAUAAAAAUGUUUUGGCAUGACGUGGCGACUGUAGAUUUUUUUAAAAACAAAAGAGCCAUUUGUUAAUAUUUGAACCUUCCUCAGAGAAUGAAGCAGAAAAUUCUCUGUAUUAACCAAAAGACAACCGAUCACAUGCAAAGGGGGUAGCUCAACCCCCUCCCACAAGCCAUUCAGGAAACUUGAAUGGGUACUUCUUUUUUAAAGUACAUUUUCAGUUUUUAAAGACCAACAAUCAACCCAAAUAUUUUCACAGCUGCCCUUACAUAACUAAUUUAUUUAACUGUGGUUAUAUUUAUAUAUGGAACAAGUUGAGAGCCAGUGGAAGAGGACUGAGUGUCUUAGACUACUAUACCAAACAGCCUGUACCUUAUUUCUGUGUACAGUCAUUGAAAUUUUAUCUAACACUACAUUAUUUUAUUUUUAUUUUAUUUUCCAAAUGCUGCUGCAGUGAAAUAACUUGCUUUCUGCUUGAACUGAUCUGUUGUGCCUUGAGUUCUGUUGAGAUGAACUGCCCCCAUAAUUGCAAGAACUUCUACGUUACUCUAGCUGAUUUUCGUUUGAUAUGUUUUAGGUGGUUGGGUGGUUUUAUUCUUCUUAAUUCUGUUGUAUUUUAUUGUCCUGCUGUAAUGUUUUUGUAAUUUUAUCUUACUUUGUGUUCUACUUUUAAAAGCUCUUUUUCGAUGAAGAGUGAUUUGAAAUAAAUACACAGCCAGAAUUCCUAAUAUUGUUCACUGAGUGCAAAUGAUAAGGAGACGGAUCCAGUGUCAACCAUACUUCAAGUACCUAUUGAAACUAGUGGAUAACUUUGUUUCAUUGAGUUUAUUUUGAGCAAGACUAACUGGAUUAUCAGCCAGGGGUUUUAAAUAGCUACACAAUUCUCAAUUCUAAUAUAUAUAGGUUUUGAUUUAUGCAUUGAUUUUAACCUUUUGUAGCGUGGGUUGUAUUUUUAAAUAUUCUAUGUGAGUUGCUCAAGUUGUUUUUCAUGGGAUUGUGAUGAUUCCAGCACGAGUAUUAGCUAACAUUAAUAAUAUCACACAAUAAUGUUGACACGCUUCCAUAGUUUCCACUCAAAAGCCUGUUUUUCUGCCCUAAUGGGCUUUGCUGCACCAAGUGUUCCUCAAAAUCACUUACUUCAGCUUCCCCUGUUUGUUUUGCAUCAUAUCUCUUAACAACUUGGCUUCGGAAACUGUAGGCGUCCUAUGUGGUGAGCUCGCCAAGUUAGCCCGGGUUAGUGGCUGACUUGACAGGAGUACCGUAAGCCUCCCUCCUUCCUAGUGCAGUUCUCAGGUGGGAGCUGCAAACUCCACACACCUCUGGGCAUGCUCAUCGCUCCACUAUGAACUGUACAUCUCUUUAUUUUCUGUGAUCUGCCAUUAGACUUGGUGGUCGUUCUUCUGUCUGGUAGAGAAGUGGCAUGAUUCCCCGCCCCCCUCACCAACACAGCCUUUUCCCAACAGGUUGACCUAGAGGGAGAAAAGAAUAUCAUGAUGGGAUGCCCCACUUAGCACACUUGUCAGGAAAGCAUGGCACAGAACUAGGUUUGGGAAGCACCUUGGCUAGAUUACCAGCUUGGUUCAGGCAAACAUGGCUAGGGCAUGGCCACAAUUCCUCACAUUUGAGUUGCUCUGCUGCCAAUUACCUUAGAUGCAAACCCAGCUGGAAAAUCCAGUGAUGGAGGGGAAGGGACAUGAAGUGUCAUUGUAUAUGUAUAUGUAUGUGUGUGUGUGUGUGUGUGUGUGUGUGUUUUGAGUUCCUGUUGUGGCGCAAUAGUGCCUUCCAAAAUGUGCUGUAAAUACAUUUCAUGCACACGAUUGCUUUUAUAAUUUGUCAAUCUUUAUUUCUGAAGUGACAUAAGUGGAAGAUUUAAUCCAGGAUAGAAAACAGGCCGGGCAACAGACAAAGAAAAGAGGAGUCAUCAACACUUCUGAAUAAGAAAUUUCUUGAUUUCCUUUGCCUGUCCUCCCAAUUUAGUUUGGUUUUGUCAUCUUCGUUUUCCACGAAGUAUUACUACUUCUUUUGAUCCAGUCUCCCUGUUACAUAACCAGGGCAGAUAAGAAGGUGAUAUUUCUCUCUUACUCCUCCCUCUUUUGGUGGUUAUAGUGUUGGACUUGGACUGGGGAGACCCAGUUCAAAUUCUCACUUAGCAUUGCCUCUAUAGAGUUGGACUACAACUCACAAAUAAAGGACCCUGCGGCCUGAGUGGAGGCAAAAGUGAGCACGAUGUCAGCAGCAGCCUUUUCCCUUUUUCUUUUUACAGAGCGGGUGUGCUGCUGUGAAGUCAAAAAAGUUCCAGACAGUAGCACCUGCUAUCUUCCUUUCCCAGAAUGCCGUGGCUCUGGGCCAUGAAGGUGGCAGGACUGGCUGACUGAUGGGAAUAGUGUGCCUUCUCUCUCUCUUAAAAAAAACCCCCCAAGUCUCUGACAUUGCAGCUACCUGGUAAGGCAAGAAGGAGGAAAGACUGAGCUGGUAACAGAAAGGGAACAAAUAGGUCCCUUUUUCUUAAUUUGGUUUUUUGUGGGGGAAAGAAAAUAAAUCUCUUCAGUCCCUUUGUGCCUCAUAACAACCCAAGGCAGCAGGGAUGAAAAGGAAUGGUUCCAUGUUUUCUUUCUUUUUCUUCCACUAAACAAAACAAAAAAUGGACCUGCCCAUCCUCUCUACCCCAUUACUAGGCAGAGAGAAGGGAGCAAGCAGAUCUGCUUUCCUUGGCUUCCACCCUCCCAGAAAAACAAAAACAAAAAAGGGAACCCGUUUGUUCAAUCUCCCCAUCACCACCCUGCUUGCAAGAGGGGGAGGUAGUUGCCAUGGUAGCACAAGAGAGAAAGUGGUGCAGUGAUAGGGAGGGGCUCAGAGGACACCUUUCUCCAGGUAGGGCCACUGUUCCCAUGCAGCUUUGAAGCUUACUUGGAUGCCCUUUGGCCCAGUCAUUAAUUCUCUAGCCUACCUCACAGGGGUGUUGGGAGUUAAAAAGGAGGGAUGGAUCUUGUAUGCCACUCUGCACUCCUUGGAGAAAUGGGGAGUAUAUAUGAAAUAUCCAAUAAUUUUUAGGCCAGUGCCUGCUGUACAGUAUAUGGGUAGGGUUCUCUAAAAGCUUUCCAGUUUUAAAGACCUGGAAGACAAAGAUGGUUGAUGUAAAAGUAGCACAUUGUCUGUCCUUGUUUAGAAGUUCAGGGAAUCAUUGGCAGCUUUUUGUUUUGUUUUGUUUUGCUUUGCUUUGCUUUGUUUUAUUUCCUUUUUUAAAAAACGAAAACACAAACCAAAAGCACAUAUUUGCUAAUAAAUCUGUGCUGUAUCCCGUGUGGUCCCUUCUGUUAAUUGGAGGUUCUUAAAUCUAGCAAAGGCUUCUGUGAAUGGAAGAUACAACAUUUUGCAUCGUCUCCCUAUGCAACAGUGGGGAUCUCCAGUUCUGGGGAUUCCCAGCCCUGCAGAAUAGAUUGGGGAGCUGCACAAGAAAAGGCAAAUGAGAAUAUCACCUCCCUGAUUUCAUUCUCAGAAGCCUCUGCUGGAUGAAAGAGCCAUCGGUGAACUCCUCUACCAGAAAUAAUUAAACUAUAUUCUCAUGCUAGAUACAUGGAGAUUGUAUGUGCUUAUUUGGAGUAUUGACUGCCUCCUCAAAAAAAAAAAGUUCCUAGGGACAUGCAUGCAAUAAUCCAUGAACAGCCUUAUCAUUUCUUAUGAUUAGGAGCACAACUGAUUGGAGUCCAGGGAGGGGAGGAUACAGUCUAGCAGGUACGGCUGUUGAAGCCUCAGUUGCAGUUCUGUCCACACAGCAGUCAGGUGGUGGUGCCGUAGAUGCCCUGAAAGCCAACAGGAAAUCCUAUCAAUGUGUUUGUGAUUAGAUGGUAUUGCCAUCCACUGUGGCUCCAACUGGGAAACCUACCCAGGAUGAGAAUUGGACUGUGCCCUUGCUUGACAUCGCUGCCUCUCCUUCCCACACCUGAGUGGGUUCUGCUGCUUGAGCUGGACUGUAUCCCUACCAUGAGAUUCUUGAAGUGCAUUUGUGAGGCUUUUCUCUAUUCCAUUUCCGUGGGGGAUAAAUAUGCUGCCACUCCCACCCCAUUGGGUCUGAUUGCUCCUGGCAUUUCCCUAGUGGUGUUUGUUUGUUUUGGGGGAGACUCACUAUACAGAAAAACAUUUUCAAACCCCCAUUUUGAAAGCAUUUAAAGUCCUGAUCUUCCAGAUAUUUUCUUCUGGCACUGGAAUAGCAUCCUUUCUAAUGAUGGCAGCUUCCUCUGUAAAAAUUCCUACAAAACUAGACCACAUUCCUUUUUCCAGAACCAGUUCCAGGUGACUCACAUUUCCUCGCAUCCCUUAAUAUGCCUGCCUACCUUGGGUAAUAUUCACUUUGUGUAAGCAGUUCUGUUCUUGUUAAUCUUUACUGGUAUUCAGCAAUGAUACCUCACCUGUUUGGAAGUAUGUCUAUAUUGUUGUUUGGCCAGUUAUUUAUCCUUUGAGUCUUCUUGUAGCCUCGUGCUGGUUCAAACGGGGAAUCCCCACUCCAUGAGUUUCCAGCUGUAUUUCUCCAUUAUCGGCACAAAAUUUUAUUCAGAUAUUUCCUUUAGCACAGUUCAAGCGAAGUAUAUUGACAACAGAGGUAGCUAGGGGUUCAUGCAAGUUAUAAUUCCCAGUUUAUAUGAUAAGGCAACAACUUAAUUUCCUGGCUGUAGUCUUAAAUAUGAUGAUGAUUAUAUUUAUACCCCACCCAUGGCGAUACAACAUGUGUUGAGAUGGGGGGUGGGGGUGGGAAGCAAACAGACUAUUGCUAUUUAGAGAUACAUUAGUUGCUUGGAAGAUAUAUAGUUGUAACAUCCCCUUUGUAUUGGACUAAUUCACACAGCCAGAUCUUAUUGGUGGUAGUGAACAUGAAUGUGUUUAUUUUUGUCAGAUUUAUUACCAAGGAUGUAACAAUAUUGCAUGUGGUGUGCUAUCAGUGUUAACUUCCUACUUGCUGUAGAAUAUGGUAAUAAUAUUCCUGGAAAGUUUCGGGCACUAUAUAGUCUAGAACAACAGAAGUGAUGUCAACCCACAGUUCAGAUCUGUAACAGAAUAACUUGCUGUAGCCUUGCUACGGGGGUGGGAGCAAUCCUUUGCCUCUGAUUCCUAAUCACAGCUGCUGCUUCUGCAGUGAUGUAGUGGAGAGGGAACGCAGGCAAGCACAACUCUGGGGACUCAUUUUUCAAUGAUUUAUCCUGCCAGAGGUGUAGUGCCCUUGCUGUGGCGAGUGAAUGAGGUAAUGAGGCUUUCAGCUUCAUUUAUGAUAGAUUAGCAUAGAGGAAAUUGGACUAUGAGGAAAAUAAUCAGAGGUUCAGCACAACUUUCCUUUCCUAUUGAUGGGCUCCCGCCUCACACUAGCCAUUUAAAUGACAGUGUUUGUUUGCAAUCUCAUUUGCAUUUCUAAUUAAAAGCUAGGGAGUUUGCAUUUCAGCUGCCUGAAUAUCUUUUGUUAAAGCUCAGGUGUUUACUACUACUACUACUACUACUACUAAUAUAAUAAUAAUAAUAAUAAUAAUAAUAAUACUUUAUCUAUUUAUUUAUAUGCCACCCAUUUGACUGGGCUGCCCCACCCAUUCUGGGCAGCUUGCAACAAAAAAUAGUAAAAACACAAUACAACACCACGCACUAAAAACUUCCCUGAAUAAGUGAGCUGCCUUCAGAUGCCUUUUAAAAAUCACAUUGCUGUUUAUCCCACAGGGAGGGUCCAAAGUCAGCACCACAGAUUCAGUUGAACUUAUUCCCAGAAAACACGGCUCUGGGAGCAGUCACGGUGCACUCUCGCACUUCAGAAUUCACCAUGUCACCAUUCUACUGGUCCAGUGGUGCUGAAAUCAAUCAAACUAUAUAAUAAGCACUGCCUGGUCAGUUAUGCACCAAGGAUUUUGCCAGCUGAACUGCUAACCUUUUGCUUUUAACCGAGCCCACCAAGUUCUGCCCCCCCCCAAAAAAAACCCUAAGAGCUCUGUUGGAUAAGACUACAGAGUUCCAGAGUUAGUUGAGCCAAGUCUGCUGGGGUGCACUUGUGCAUUUCCUGGUUCUUUGGGGGGGGGAUUUAAUUAUUGAGGAAUGGCGGUGGGCUCUGCAGAAAUGUGACUAGUCUUCCUACUCUGUCAAAGUGGCAAAGUGCGGGAGGAUGCUGCUGUGAUUGCAUUUUGCUCAGGGUGCUGGAUCAGAAUGGGGCAUGGGCACGUUUUAAUUAAUGUAGCAAUCAGAAGAGCAUUGCUCAGCUUAAAUUGUGUUGUGCUAUCAUUUGGGGAAGGGAGUAAAUGGGAACUACGGCAUGUUUAUGCUGCCCUGGCCUUUGACUGCAGAAGCGUAAAAGCAAACAAGUCCUGCAUGUUUUCCCAAGCAUACAAUACCUCACUGGAAAAAUAAACCGCAUCAUGCAUGCUACCAAGAAAUACUGUACAGCAGUGCUCUGUACACCAGUCACUUGAUUUCACCCUGUUUCCCGGACUAUGUUUUGCUCAAGCAGGCAUAUUAUUUAGUGCCUCAGCGCUAUUGGGUUUUCUUUAAAUAAGCUUAUUAUCUCCAUGCAAGAAGCCUAGAAGCAAACCCUAACAGUCAGGGGUGCUAGUUACAGGUAGGUAGCCGUGUUGGUCUGUCGUAGUCGAAACAAAAUUUAAAAAUUCCUUCUAGUAGCACCUUAGAGACCAACAAAGUUUGUUAUUGGUAUGAACACAAAAGCUCAUACCAAUAACAAAUUUAGUUGGUCUCUAAGGUGCUACUGGAAGGAUUUUUUUUGUUUGUUUUGUUUCUAGUCUGGGGUGCUGUUUUCCUUGCAUUUGGAUCAAAUGUUGCAUCUCCAAGAUCAUGUUUUCAGCUAUGAAUAGCUACUUUCCAGACUCUGCAAGGGCAACACUUAACCGUGGUUCAUUUUCCAUUCAUAGUCAGAGCAGCAAACAAGAUGUGGAAUGUGGCUUGGAAUGGGUUGUCAAACUGGUUUGCAUUAACCAUGACAAAGUAUUACACUGACACUGAGCAAACCAUAGUUAAGUGGUUUCCCUACUUCUCUUGCCUCUCCAACAUAGGGUGUACAGGGCUGUGGGGUGCGCAAGGGCCUGCAGGCCAUAGGGGGCCUACCACCCCCAGGAAUCUUUGUAAAUUAUCACAUAUGAUAAGUUAUACAAUAAUUUCAGAAUGCUAUUACUUUUUCUCUGACACACACCAAGUGUGAAGCUUGCCUGCCACUACAAAUCAUUAUUGAUUUUUUAAGUUGAUGUUUUUUAAAAAAAUAUUAUUAUUAUUAUUAUUGUUGUUAUUAUUAUUAUUAAUUGAAUUUGUAUACCACCCUAUACCCGGAGGUCUAAGGGCGGUUCACAGAAAAUAUCAACAUAAAAACCACAAUAUAUAUAAAGUUUUAAAAAAAAUGAAUUUGUUACCAUGUUCUCCAACAAUUUUGUCAUAUAAAGUAAUGUUACGUAUGUUUAGUCUCACCAUGAAAUAGCCUCCCUUUACCCUCUUUUUGCCUUUUAAUGCAACAGAUAGGAGCAAUUCUUGUCUAGAUACCUGCAAGUAGUUUCACCCUGUGUGUGUGUCCAUUUUAUAUUUAUAUGCUAGUGUAUGGUUUUGGCUUAGGAGGAAAAUGGCUGAGGAUUACAUACAUAUAUCCUGGUCAAGAUAUACUAUCUCAGGCCAUUAAACCAGUUUUAUAGCCUGGUUAGUACUAGCAGGGCUCACCACUGAACCAGGAAACUGAUUUAACACGACACCAUGGUUUAAACAACCCACCAAUUUAUCAUAGCUAAAGAACGGUUGGUUCCAGUUAUUCUUUCUGCAGCACAAUGAGUUCAUGCACAGGAUGGGAACAGCUAUAAAAGCCAGUGAGUUCCAAAAAGAAUGUUUCUGAUGAAUCCUCUUCAGGUUUGUUUUUUUAAAAGUGGUCUUCAGUGACCAAAGAUUAUUCCUAAACUGUUGCUGGCACAACCUUUUUCUGUUUCUUGAAACCCCCACAAAGGAGGAAUUCUAUGUAAUCCCUAUCUACCUGAUUCCAUUGUCUAGCUUCUCUUUACCUUAAGAUGCUUCUUUAAUUUUUAACCCGUCUUCUUCUUUGUAGCAUAAGCAUGUUGUUUCUUGACCUGCUCUCAGGGUCAGCUGAGAACAAUGAUUCUCUAGUCUCUUUUUAUUGCAGCUUUAAAACAAUAUUUAAGUUUUCCUAUUCUCCUUAGUCUCUCUCCCUUCCUUCCCACCUUGGGAGUGUUGUUUGAACUACCUUGCUCUGCUUUCAGUGGAGCAAAACACUAUGGUAAUUUCACACAAAAAACCUAUUUUGAAUCCUGCUGUUCCUGUUGUGAUUGUUGCUUUACAUGGGAUUACAGUUCUAAAACUGGUUCUAAAAUGAUCCAAUCCAGGCUAGAAUUUAUUUGAGUUGUCUAAUAUAUAUAAUAGAUGUGUUGCCCUUGGAGAAGGGGGUAUUUCAGUUUAAACUGGUUAUCUUGUACAUUCCAGACAUUUUUGCUACAAGGAUGGUUGUGCAUUUUCCUCCUGCAGUGAAACUAACCCUUUAUAGCGUUUCUCACAAAGAUCAGACCUUCCUCAGCCUGGUGCUAUCAUGAUGGCAACAACUGCUAUCAGCCUCAGACAUGCUGGGGAAGGCUGUCACAGUAUUAAAUACUGAAUAAAUCCUUUGUUUUUCUGGUGCUUCCAGAUGUAGGCUUUUCUAUAUCUGAAUAUAUUUCAGUGGUUAUGGUAAAAUUCAAAACUUGGCUUAGCAAUGGGCUCACUGUCUGCUAUCUUUGGGCAUUGCGCUCUAAGCUGAUUGGCACAAUUUAAAGGGAAACUGACCUACUGCUGAGUUCUGUUCUGGGAAUGAUGUGGAUCUUACAGCAUUCUGUAUAGUAGAACACAGACAUUAAUUGACAUUGCCAAUUUUUUAAUCAGUAGCCAAAAUCAAGUAGGUCCAAGAAGUAUUUUGCUCUAGGGUGCAUUAUCUCACUAAUGGAUAGCCCUGGCUGCUGUUUUGUGGAACAUUGGCUCAUAUCUCAUUCCAGCUUCGCUGCUGUUUUAAGGCAGUGGUCACCAACAUUUUUGGGUCUCGGGGCACCUUUGGCAUUUUGAGGAAGUGCCAAGGGCACCAAUCAAUAAAUGACUGCUGCCAGGGGUGUGACCUAACACAAAAGACUGCUGCCUCUAAAAGAGCAGAAAAAGAUGAGUCAGGAACAUAAAGUGGUUCAAAUAUUGGGGGGGGGGGAGGUCUAUUGCAUUAUUUCUCCUUGCCAGACACUGUUGAGUCUUUGUUGUUACAUGUUGUAGAUUAGAGCUAGAAAAUAAAAGAUAACUGAAUCCAGGAAUAAUUUUGAAUCGCUACAGCCAGCCAGACACAAAUGAUCACUUUUAAAUCGUUAGCCUUGUCCUGUCUUUGUGCAAUACCGUCCUGGCAGGUUGACAAGGAUGGUACCAUGUGGGAAUAAUGCUUUGUGGACUGGACACUGUUGCUGCCAAGGUCUUGGUUCAGAACUUACCCAAUUUUUAAAAGAGGGGAACUGCGCUUAGAUCAAGGAGGUGCAGCACAGGCAAGGUGGAUGUCCCUCCUUCGGUGUUGACUUUGUGGCCCUUGUUUCUUUAAAUGCUGUUAAUUUCCUGUUCUCUCAUUCUCUACACACGCCCUGUCUUAAAGGCCCUAGGUUGCACCAGCCUUUUUUCCUAACAAGGCAUGACUGUCUAUGAGUCUCCUUUGGAACUCCUUGGUGCCACUCCUUGUUAUGCCCUGCAGGGCUGCUCUGAAGUAAUUCAUGGCACUCCCACCAGCCGGCCUCUGGAGUAACUCUGUUGCAUGUGAACUGAGUGGCUGGGAUCUGAAGCUGAGGUACACAAGCCGAUGGAAUGAAUUCCUGUUCCAUCUUGACACAGACGGUUAAAUAAGAGCCUUGGCCCGUGUGUCAGUUAGGAGCAAAGUGCUGUUCUUCCUUCUCAUGUACAGGUGGACAUGUUGGCCUGCCAGUUUAGAAAAGAUCAUGAUAUCCUGGAUUGCAACUGUGCAGAACUGAUUAAAGAGAGUAUGCAGCUGUGUUCUGACCCCGAUUGGUGUUUAUCUUGUGACUAACUUUAAAUCUUAUCCAGCAAUGCUCCCAAAGGUCGGAACAUGAAAGAGUGUUGAGGUUUCUUGUAUCACGCACUCUUAUUCAGAUGCCUUGUUGUUUGGAUUCAUAGAUGUGGAGUACCUUUCCACUGGUGGUAUUUGCCAGCUUAUUGUCUAAGCUAGAAAACUCUUGGUGGCUGAUUAUAUUUUUCCUUUAUGACCUGGAACAGCUACAGCACAGUAUUCCAAAGCCAGUCAAAAAAUUCCCAGGGAAUCCUUGUUCUUCGGUGCACCUUAUUUGUUGAACACAGGGUUUCCCAAACUGGGGUCUGUAGCUGUUUUUGGACUACAACUCCCAUCAUCCCUGGGUACCAGGACUAGUGGUCAAGGAUGAUGUGAGCUGUAGUCCAAAAAAUAGUUUGGAGACCCAAGUUUGGGAAACUCUGGUUUAAUAUCAAGUAUACAUCCCAGAGCAUAAGCUUUAGAUUUUCUUGUAACCACAUUCCAGUUAAGCUCAAAGUGAGAAGCUGAUUUCUUCAGGGGUUUUUUGUUUUUUUAAAAAAUCUUGUUAAUUUUAGCUUUUGCAGUGCAAUUCUAUUCACCUUUAGAUAGGCAUUCCACUGUGUUCAGUGAGGCUUAUUUCUAGGCAAGUGUGUUUAAGAUUGCAGUUUUAAAGUAUCUUUUGGGGGGGGAGGAAUUCCUUCUGCCAUACAUGCAUCAGUUCACCACCUGAAUUUAAAAACUGUAACAAUCUGCCAGUUGCUGGGAAUCACAAACGGGGAGAGCGCUUUUGCACUCAAGUUCUGCUUUCAGGUUUACCACAGCCACCAAGAACAAGAUGCUGGACCAGAUAAGCCAAUGGCCUGAUCCAGCAAAGCUCUUCUUAUGUGAAAGGUCACAGAACCCCUUUAACUGCCUAAUGAAUGUUGCAUAGUAAUGCUGGAAUAUGAUAGGCUGGAAUCUAGAAAUCAUGCCCCUCCUUUUGUUUUAUUUCGGGCUGAAAGCCUAUUACAGUCGUACCUUGGGUCCCAAACGCCCUGGUACUCGUCUGUUUUGGCUCCCAAACGCCACCAACCUGGAAGUGAGUGUUCCAGUUUGCGAACGUUCUUUGGAACCUGAAUGUGUGACGGGGCUUCCAAUUGGCUGCAGGAGCUUCCUGCAGCCAAUCAGAAGCUGUGCUUUGGUUUCCGAACGUUUUUGAAGUCGAACGGACUUCCGGAACGGAUUCCGUUCAACUUGCAAAGUAUGACUGUACUUGUAAGCGCUGGAGAUUCAUGAGAAUUACUUUCCCACAUAUCUAGGCCAAGCCUGAGUAACUAUCCCCCCCCCCCCGGAGGUAAUCUGAGUGUGAGGCUGCAUAGUAGGGGAGACCAGAGCCAAAGGUAGAUGGGACCAUCCCAUACACAACUCUUUCUUGAGCACCUGUUUUUAUGCUCUUUUUACCGAUAAGAAAUUAGACCAGGAACCAAUUGAAAUAUGUGGGAGAUUGCAGUCAAACAUAACAAUUCACGACUGCUAGUUAGCACACGAAGGGGUUAAGGACCACAGAGUUGUGCUGCUAGGUUCCGCUUUUUAAUUUUGAUUUUGCAUCGUGUGUGUAAAAUCCACAAAGCCCUGGAAAUGCUUCUCUGCUUCAGUAGGAACAGGGCACACGAUACUACACCAGUAACUCAGCCAGCUAUUGGGGAGGCUUUGAUACUUGGGUAAUGCCAGGCUCUGGGAAUUCAAGGAGAGCUGAUUUGGAAUGUCAUGUGUCAGGCUUAACAGACUUGCAGAAAACCACUUGCAGCUGUUUGUUUGGAAGCUGCCUGGUGUCAACUGAGUUUACUAAACUGGAUGUUUUCCUUUAACAGAGCUGUGGGAUUCCCCAGCACAGCAGCCUGCUUAUUUUGGAUGUACUUUCACUAGGGAGAUAGUGUCAAAUCUUCCAGAGAAGUGGGGGGCCACUCUCAAUCCUUUUGUUUAACUGACAGGAAAAGGAAAGAGUCAUGAAUGCAUUCUCUCUGCCCCCCUCAGAAAGACAAAAACUAGAACUGCCUGCAUGACAGCCUUCUGUGUCCCUGAUAAGCACCUCCUGAUUAUUCUUUCUAGUAGCCAACACUUCGUACUUCAGAGGAAGAUGUUAAGGGCUCCAGUCAAAGAAGCGCUACCUGUCUUGAACCCCAAAAUAUCAAUGUGGCUAUUCCCACCCACCCUUAAAUAAAUCACUUGUGAUAGGCAGAUAUGGAAGAAAGGCAUUCAAAGUAGAAGCAGCUCCCUGCAAUGCAGCUGGACUGUACAGGUGAAACUCGAAAAAUUAGAAUAUCGUGGAAAAGUUAAUUUAUUUCAGUAAUUCAACUUAAAAGGUGAAACUAAUAUAUGAGAUAGACUCAUGACAUGCAAAGCCAGAUAUGUCAAGCCUUUAUUUGUUAUAAUUGUGAUUACUGAAAUAAAUGAACUUUUCUACGAUAUUCUAAUUUUUCGAGUUUCACCUGUAUAUACAGCAGUUGACAGUGUUUUUAUACAUGGCAGUUCACUGUUGAGAGGUGAUCAUGGCACAGAAUAGUUGCUAUGCACUAUCUGGUAUCACUAUCCACCAUAAUUGUGGAUGAGUCUCUAAAAUAUCGUUUCCCUUCCACAAAAUUCCAGGAAACUACAGAUUAGGGACAUGCUCCUCCCCCCCCCCAUGAAAACCAUAACUAGUGGAUUAUUCCCCUUGCAUUGUUUCCAUAUAUUGCUUUCCAUCCCCAAAAACCUUUUAUCUCUAGUUCUGUAUAAUCCAACGCCACAGAUGUGAGACUGAUGGCACAUGUGGAUGAGCACUUUUGAGGAAUUGAGUGAAGGCAGUGAAAGUGAGAAGGGAAGUGUUGGUGCCAAGUGCCCCUUUACUGAAGCCCUUGCAUUGAACUCCUUGUCUGGUCGCCAGUGCCAACCCAGGAAUUCUCUCCAGGCGACUGAGCAAGCUGGCAAAGCACUCUGCCUCUGUUGCCAGCCUGUUUGGCUUCUCUUCCUCUUCACCCAUUCUGGAAAGGCAACAGACUGGCAAAGGAGACAUGAGUGUCCCUUCUUCAACAGCCUGCUGUACUUUUAGCCUGCAAAAGAAAGUACCAGUCUGUUUUUCACUCAUAAGAACAGCAGUCUUAUAAGUAUAACCAAUCUACAUCCGUAUCUAUAUGCUAGGUUUGAUUUUUCUCUCGUUUCCUCUCUGGCGCAUCCCCACCUCCCCGCAAUCUUCAUUUUUACACAUUCUCAGCUUAGUUCAGAAGGUUUUUUUUAAUUGCCAAAAAAAAAUUGUCAGCAAUUUACUGUGUAUUUCUCUGAAUACACACAUUUUUGCAAGCAAUUUUCUCAAAUAUGAGGCAUUUUUGUUACUUUUUACUGAUAAAUUAUUUCCCCCCCAACACAAUACACAUUUCUGUGCAAAAUACUUUCUCGAAGAACAGCACUGCAAUUUGGAAAAGUGCACAUUUUGAAAGAUAGCUGUGCCUCAGUUCAUUUGGAUUAGGUAAUAAGAACCAAAUCUACAUUCUCCCCAUCCCUUCCUUUAACAAUCCCAAUACUGCACUGGAAAAUUAUAGAAGCUGAGCAAUGACCCCUGGUGGUCACCAACUGGAGCUACAGAGAGCACGACUGGAAUAUCAGCGAAUACUGAUUUUCUCAAAUGUUUGAAAGUCUGAAUUGCUGUCUGUGUAUAUAGAAAGGGAUUAGGUUUAGCUUUCCUAAUGCAAUUUAGUUUAGCUUUCCUGAUGCAAUUAAAAUAGCUCAAGUAAAAGUAAAAAAAAUUACUUAGCAUUCCUCUGUUUAAAAAAACCACCUGCUGGUUCUAAUAGACCAGAUGAGAGCCUAUACAUAUCAAGGCGAGCAGUUGCUUUAUUUUAGGUUAACCCAUUAUCACUUUUUGAGCUGUGAAUUUGUGUGCUGAACUCAGGUUUUUGGCCUACUCUCAUCAGCUGGAUAACUAAGUUGCUGCUGACUUGAUUUCAUUGGUUGGUGUUUGGUGUGUGUGUGUGUAUUUCAGCUUAUUUACAUUUGGUUCUUAAUGCUUAGCCAUCUUGGAGGUCAAAAAGGUGGAACAGGAAAAAGUAAGUAAGUAAGUAAGUUAAAGGAGCACCUCUUUCAUUGGAUGAUCAAGGCAAAAGAGCCAAGAAUUGGAAUUCAAGAUAGAAUGAACAGAAGAGGGGACAGUUUCUGAGAUAACCAGAACAUCAGAGUCACUGUUUAACAAAUAAAAUAAUAAAUAAUAAUAAUAAUAAUAAUAAUAAUAAUAUAAAAACCCUUAGUACAGUGCAUGUGAAGAAAAAACCACAAGACUUUCUUGUGUACAAAAUUUGAUCUGCCAGGAUUUUCUGUUUGAACUUGCAGCACAGAUUCCCCUCCCCAGGGGUUAACUGGGUAGGAUUGUAAAAACAGGUUACUUUAACCCAAAAGGCACAGCAGCCUUUCAAACAAUAAACUCAGCCCAAUUUACUUUAGCAUUUGUUUGUUCAAUGACUUUGCUUGACUACAGCACAAGUAGGUUUUGGUUGGGCAUCGCAUUGUGUUUUUCUUUCUUGCCUUAUCCAACUUGCUCACUUGUAUCUGAGUUGGGUAAAGGAAGCAGCCUAAGUCAGAGUUCACGAUAUAUCUGUUUCCUUUUUGAAUCCUUCUGUAUCUCUGCAUGUUCCAUCAUUUUAUAACAAACGAUGGAGUAAGUUUCCUGGCCAGGCUUUUAUCACUUUCCGAAACCACUUGUGUAUCUUUCUCUGUAGGAAAAGGCCAUGUGGUGCAGAUUUUUAAGGCUUUAAAAAUAAAUAAAUCCACUGAAAAGUUUUCUUGGGUGAUGAAGUGAAGGCUUAAAGCCCUCCCCAGUUUUAAGUUAUCCUUCUGUUUACUUCUGCAUUCAGUAAUUGAGAUUUUUUUUGGGUUGAGGGGCACCCCAAAUGCUCUUAAUGAGUUGUUGGCUUCCUUCCCAAAGUUGCCUGAAGUGCUGUUCUCCUUAGUGGAAGUAAUUCUGUCUUUGAUGUAGUUUCCAGAGCUGUCGACUAAAGUUGCACAGUUCCCAGAAGAAAUAAUACCCUACGAGUGUAUGCAGACUAGAAAUGCAAACUCCAAAAUGAAUUCUUCCUAUAGGAGUCUGGCAGUCUGGUUCUCUGUGGAAUCUUGCUUGUUUACAUAAUCUUAUCUGGCUACGCUUUGGUAUUUCAUCUGGCAGGCAAUUCCUAUAAAAAGCAGCUGUCCAAGCAAUGGGAGUGGCACUUCUGGUUAUAGGGAUUUUGUGUGGUGGUGAUGGUUGUCUAUAAUAUCUUGCUCGAAGUAUACCUGUUUUCCUCCUAAGACCAGAUGCUCAAUAUUUAACAUUCAUUUGUAUAGGUGUCCCUCAUGACUUUUCUUAAAAUGAAAAGACUACUUAGACUUAGGGGACUUUUAAGUUUAAUAUUGAAGGUAUUCUUUACCUCUGUACUGGAUCUCCACACCCUGAAAUAGGGUUGGUUAAUUAAUUAAUUAACAAACCAAUUAAUAAUGAAAUGCACACAUGCAUAAUUGUGUGAUGACCAGAAUAUGCGAAGCUUUUAAAAAGAGGUGGCAAGAGGAAAAGGAAAUCCCAGUUUGCUAGAAAGUGUCAUCCUAUUUUUCUAACACUCUCUGCUCAGGAAAUCUUGGAAUGAACAUUAUCAGUCUUUGGGUUCCUCCAAACAUUUGUUUGUGUGUGCUGUUUUAAUUUGAAACUCUUAGAAAAGUCACUUUCAGAAGAAUGACUCAAAAGAUAAGCAGAAUGCAGCUGAGGAGGUUGAGUGAGUUAAAACAAAUAGCUUUUUCUUUUCCAAACGCCAUGGAGAUAAAACAGUAACUUGCAGUGGCUAUUCCGACCACACGCAGGAGGCGGCACAGACGUGUCCCAACCUCAUGGUUGCUUAACUGGAGCCAUAAAUCAAAGCAGCUUUGCAAGUAGUCAUCAAUUCAUCAACUCCACCCACACAACCAGUUGCUAUAACUUGUCCUGGCACUCAUGGCUCAUUUUUGGCAUCAAGGAAACUAGGGAGCAGUAACAGGAAAUGCCUGCCCAUGCUCCCUUGUGCUUGACAUACUUUUUGAUGCCAGGCUUCUGGGGAGGGGGCACCAGUUUUCUCAGCUCUGCCUUUGUUGAAAGACCAUGACUACUUUGAUUACUUUCUGCCUGCACGUCUAAUAACAUACUGUACCUUUUAGAAAUUGACAAAACACAAGUGGGUGUCUUCCUGCUUAGCCUCAUGCUUGCCCAAUUUCCUAGGCUUUCCAGAACUGUAUUUAAGACCACUGAGUGUGUGAGCUAUGCUGAAGAAUUUUCACCACCACUUUCCAUUCUUUAUUAGCUCUGAUUGAAUCGUUUUAAAUCAUGGUUUCCUAAACCAUGCUUACAUAGUCCACAAGUCUUAUCCUGUUUGCAUAACUCCCAUUUUUCUUCUGAAGACCACCUUCCGAUUAACUUGAGUGAAGACAGAACUGGGUUCAGAGUCUCAGGGCUGGAGUCAGAUGCAGGUCAGCAUGAGAGACACAAGGCUCCGUUGUCAGUGAAGUUAACUCUUUAUUCCAGGAAACAGCAUACAACACUUCCCAGCGUGCCUUGCCCCUGUGGAGCAGUUGCCAGGACUGAAGGUUCCUGCCUCCCACUCUUUCUAAGGCUCCUCCUCUCCUAGAUGUUUCCCAAGCACUCUCAAACUUGCACCUGCACACUUCUGGUCUCUGUUCAGCCUUCCUCAUUAUUCUGCAUGUUCUUGGAGACCAGGGAGGAGGGAAGCUUGUCACAACAGGAGAGGGAGGCUCCCUGGAUUCUUCAGCAGCCCCUUGCCCCGCCCCUCCUCUGCCUUAGCUUCAGAUUCUGAACUGCUCUCUAUCACUGGCUCUUCCUGCUCACUGACUGCUUCCUCUGACCUCUCCUCAGUGUCUCACUACCAAUCCCCUGGCUCUGAGUCUUCUUCCUCUGGCAUUUCACUUGGAGAUUUCCCUGUUGGUGUCUCCCACCACUCCAAGUCCAGCCAGUCCCUGACACAUAGUAGCCACACUGUUGCUUCUGAUACCACCAACCUUGCCAAUGAGCUGCUCUGGGACAUGAUUAGUAUAGUGUGUGCUCCAAGUAGCCUGGGUUUAUUGAUUCACUCUCCUACCCUGCACUAACAAACCACUGGGCACAGAAAAGUAGCCAUCACCAUCCCCUGCUCCUGGUUCUGUAUACCUUUAUCCCUUUCUGCAAUUUCUGCCAAUCCUCCUCCUAGGCGGCGUGGGAAAUAGGAUACUUGCUUCCUUAAAGAUGUGCUUGGCAAUAUGCCCAGGUUGUCACCAUUAGGUGUCUUUUUGAAGAAAUAUUUAUGGGAGCAGAAAUAUCUCCCUUUGCCAGGAAAACCUGAGCUCCCACCAGUUCUUACUGAUGGGAUUUUAUAAUCUGCCCAUCACCAAAUGGUCCCAGGGUAGAACGUAAACAAGAUAAUUAGAACAGUGCAAUAAAAACAAGCUCAAGUACACAUGCUAUUAAAAUCUUUAUUAAAAUAAACAAAAUCAAGCAAAAUAUCAGGCUGUGAAUAAUCACAGCUAAAUAGCUCAUCGCACUCUCCAGCCCCUCCCAAAGGCCUGGCAAUUGGUUUGCUCAGCAUAUAUACCCAACUUAAAUAGCUUUGGCAUAUUAUAUGGAUGUGACUUUCUUCCUUAAUUUUUUUUCCAUAUAAUGUAUAUUUGUAUACUGUUGUAUGUUGCCUUGGGUUCACUUGAGAAAGAAGUCUGUAAAAUAUAUUUAAUAAUAACAAAUGUCCCUCCAUGAUGGGUCUGCAAAGUAACAGUGGUACCUCGGGUUACAGACGCUUUAGGUUACAGACUCUGCUAACCCAGAAAUAGUACCUCAGGUUAAGAAUUUUGCUUCAGGAUGAGAACAGAAAUUGUGCAGCGGCGGCACGGCAGCAGCGGGAGGCCCUAUUAGCUAAAGUGGUAUCUCAGCUUAAGAACGGUUUCAGGUUAAGAACGGACCUCCAGAACGAAUUAAGUUCUUAACCCGAGGUACCACUGUAUUCAUCUCUCAUCUGAGAAAUCCUAUUUAACUUUUGGGAAUUUCUGUCUGAUAGAUUUCUUCGUAGGUGUAUUUGCAACAUAACCUGAUGUAAAAAUUCAUUAACUGUUCUUAUCUACAGAUAACACAACAAGGGCUGCUUCUGCAUUGCACAGCAGCAGCCCACAUCCUCCUCCAAUCUCACAAAAACUCUUAUAAAUUAUGGUUUGUUGCUAGCAACAGUUUAUGCUGGCUGGGACAGAUGGAAGUUGAAAUCCCUGAAAUGUGGGGUGGGGAGGAGAAAGAUGUUCAAAGCAAGAACUGUUUGCAGCAUGGGCAAAUGACUACAUUUUAUAAAUGUUGGAGAUGAAAUUCCAUUGCUUGCUGGAAAGAGUUUAUGGCUCAGUGGCAUGUGAAACUCAACUCUUCCUCUCCUCUCUUCUCAGAUGAAGCAGAUUAUGGUAACUUUGGUUCAAACACCUUAACCAGGAAAAAGAAAGCUCUGGUGACCCUCCGGAAUGACAACCUUCGCAGACGCCCCCACGUUAAUAUCAGCAUGCCUCAGGAUUUUAGACCCGUGUCUUCCAUCAUUGAUGUGGACAUCCUACCUGAAACUCAUAGGAGAGUGAGAUUGUAUCGACAUGGGUGUGAGAAGCCUCUAGGAUUCUACAUUCGUGAUGGGACCAGUGUCAGAGUAACUCCUCAUGGGCUGGAAAAGGUACCUGGAAUUUUCAUCUCUCGGAUGGUUCCUGGUGGUUUAGCUGAGAGUACAGGCUUGUUGGCUGUCAAUGAUGAAGUCCUGGAAGUGAAUGGCAUAGAAGUGGCCGGGAAAACUCUUGAUCAGGUAACGGACAUGAUGAUCGCCAAUAGCCAUAAUCUUAUCAUCACAGUCAAGCCAGCAAACCAAAGGAACAAUAUUAUCAGAAGCAGUCGGAUGUCUGGGAGUUCUGGCCAGUCUACGGACAGCACUGCAAGUCAUCACAGUUUGCCUUCUUCUCAUGUCCUGCAGAACUUCCACCCUGAUGAAAUGGAGAGUGACGAGGAUGCUGACAUUGUAAUUGAGGGCUGUCUGGAGCCACAGCCCAUUCCGAAAUCGCACAGCCUUCCUUCUGGUAGCCUUUCCCGAAUUAACGGCAGCAGUCUUAGCCAAAGACUACAGAGGGACCUGGUACUCAACAACAGCUUGGGACGAGAAAGCAACGGCAAUAUUCACAAAAUUCUGAGUUCCUUAAAAACUGAUCCUCGUCAUAGCUUGGUUAUUCCCAAAGGAGGCAUUGAGGAGGAUGGAACGGUGAUCACACUUUAGUGGGUGCUUCCGUGUGUGUGUGUGUGUGUGUGUGUGUGUGUGUUUCUUGUCUGAAGUGCCAACUGGAACAAAUCUAUACACAUCCCGAAGAGAGGGAAUCUUAAUUCUCUUAGACCUUCUGAGGUGUGACACACUGUGUGUUGCUUUCCGGACAUGGUGGUAUUCAGGAUUAUACAUAAAAGUGCUGCCUAUUGCAACCCAUGAAAAAUUGUAAAUAUGGUUUCUGCUCCUAGGGUCAGAAUGAGGGAAAGUAAAGAUUGCUGCAUUUUUUAAAAAGAAUCCCAUCUAUGAAAGUAUGUCUGCUGCAUGUAUGGAUAUAUGCUGCAAUAUAUACAUGUAAAUUGUAUAUAUUUUGAUGAUUAAUAACAACAGACACAGUAAACAUGGAAUGGGCAUUCAUAAAUUAGUCUUUGAGGGGAAAACUACUAUUAAGGAUUGCAUCCAACAGGGUUGCUCAGUCAGGUUUCUGUCAGCUGAACAGGGAAAUCCUUAUUCCCUCUUCCUACAAUGCCCCCCCCCAAAAAAAAUCUGCUCUGGGGGGUUCCCGAGUUCUCUGGAGCAGAUUUAGGAAGGGGAAAUUGCUGACUGCUCCAGUAUACUGACCAAAGCCUUACCAUCAGUUGAAUAGCAUGAUUGGAUACAAUGCAAUGUGUUUAAAUUUUGAAAUUUUUCUUUCUGCCAUUAUAUACUGCUUCCUAGUUUGUUUACACAGAAAAUUUACUUGUCUUGCCCCUAAAUCUGGAAAGGGCUAACUGAACAACUUUCUAUCCUGGAAAUAGCGUUGAGGGAAUGCUGCAUUUGUUUUUGUUUUUUAUUUUUGGAACAAAACUUUGACCAAAUGAUUUUGUGUUUUAUAUGUAUAUUUUUAAAGUGGGAUAGCGUCACAUUGUUGCCAUAAUUUCUUUUUGAUCAUCACCACCUGCUGGUGACUUGUAGUACUGUUGGAAUAAACUGUCUUCAUAUGAUGUGAAAAAACAACAACAGGCAGCAUGGAGGUUGGUUUAAUUGCUGCACCAUCAGGAUAUGUGUUCUCUUUUUAUUGCUAAAAUAUUUAUUAGACAAAUACUCAAAUUUUAGUGACUGUUGGUUUCACUUUUUUAUAUUGAUAACAGUACUGAAUUUGCAAAUAAAUAAUAAGAUUGCUUGGACUGCAUUCUAUGUCACCACAAGAAACUCAUCUAAGGCUGUAAUCCUAACUCCACUUAUCUGGGAGUAAGCCCCAUUGAAUUUAAUGGGACUUGUUUCUGAAAAGUUUUGGUUAGGAAUGCAGCCUAAAAUUGUCUUACUGUUUAGAAUUAACUUGAAUCCAGAGUCUUUAAUAAUGAAACCUGGUUCCUCUUGGUAUGUACCGAUUUCCUAAGCUAGAGUGUUAUUUUAUUUUAUUGUCCCUGGAAUCUAAAAUGCUACAAUUCGACAGCAUAUCAAGUGUUUCAAGUAAAGACUAUCUUAGAUUGUUGGGAUCAUGAUUAGUUAUAAAGCAAAUCAAUAAUAGGCUACUCCAAAAGAAACGGUUUUGCUCCCAGCUGUUUUUCUGUUCUAUAAAACGCCACAAGCUGUUACAAUGUUUAGUAGAAAAAAGGUUGACUAUAUUAUGAAGUGUCUAGGAAAAAAUAUAAUUGUGUUACAAUGUAUUUUUCUACUUUUAGCUUUGUCAUUUUCUUUGUUUUUUACUGUGUAGUUUUGUGUAUUAAAGCGUUUCUAAACAAAUGAAAAUUCUUUAUAUAAAUUAUAUCCCACACCUUCCACACCCUUAUUUUGUACUAUAAAGGGCUCAAAACACUUUGGGGUUGUUUAAUAAAAAAGCCUUUUAUUGUUCUGCUUGGAAUAAAGUUAUGUACAAGC